AUGAAGAAGAUAUUCAACUUCACCAAGAAAAAGAAAGGCUUCUCCCCUAACACCUCGGACACUGGGAGUGUGCUGUCUGUGGGCUAUGACUUGAAGGAGAAGGACCUUGGAAAGGUACACAAGGCUGCUUAUGGGGGUGACUUGGCCAAACUGAAGCAGCUGGCCAAGAAGAAUGACAUCAAUCAGCUUGAUAAGGAGAACAGGUACGCAAGAUGAGACUAUUACCAGUUAGUAGCUGGUAUUGCCACUGUUACUUUCUGAGGUCUGUACUUAGACAGUCCUUGUGUAAUGUACUGUAUGCAUGACGAGUGUUUGAGUAUGAUUUCCCCUGUCUCUACCACCCUGCGAUGGACUAGCGUUCUGUCCGGUGCAGGGUGUGUACUUGUAGAUCAAGGUGCCUCGCGCCACAGAUACCGGACAAGGCUAUUUAGACUACUUACUCUUAUUGCCACCCUAUUUCAGGAGGCUACCUCUAGCUCACCCUGUCUGUCACUGACCUUAAGCUUUAGGCUACUUCUAUCCACUUCCCUGUGCUCGCAGCAGGCAGCACAGUUUAUCCUUUAUAUGCUAUUCUUUAUCUUUUAAAGGUCAUGAACAGUCAAAAUCAUGUUUUUCAUGAAAUUGGAUGAUAUUUGGAUAAAACCAAAUCAAAGUAUGAUCAAAAUAUGAAAAAUUACUGUUGCUUCUACAUUGAUAAAGUUUGAUCAUGAAGUUACUGGCCCCUUCCCCAUGUCAAACACUUGGAUUCAGGAGGUGGAACUAUUAACGGUAUAGUGACAUUUGUAUUUGUAUUUAUUAGGGAUUCCCAUUAGCAAGGCAGCAGCUACUCUUCCUGGGGUCUCUAACUCUAAUUUUAAUACACCAACGGUAACAUGAUAUUGUCUUACCUAAUUGAAAUAAGUACUGCCUUGUAACCAACAACGGAGAAGUUGUGUUUGUGGAGGGGCGUGGUUUAUAUAGCUAGAUAGCUACUCUACUGGUGCCACAAUUUGACUGUAAGGUGUCAACAAAUAUAAUUAGAAGUUUACACGAGUCAUCUAUGGCAAAGAUACGCUAUAUACACUACCGUUCAAAAGUUUGGGGUCACUUAGACAUUUCCUUGUUUUCCAUGAAAACAUACAUAAAAUGAGUUUGAAUAGGAAAUAUACCAAAAUGCAUAGGAAAUGUAGUCAUUGACAAGGUUAGAAAUAAUACUUUUUAAUUAAAAUAAUAAUUAUUUCGUCAAAGAAUCCUCCAUUUGCAGCAAUUGCAGACCUUUGGCAUUCUAGUUGUCAAUUUGUUGAGGUAAUCUGAAGAGAUUUCACCCCAUGGUUCCUGAAGCACCUCCCACAAGUUGGAUUGGCUUGAUAGGCACUUUCUUACGUACCAUACGGUCAAGCUGCUCCCACAACAGCUCAAUAGGGUUGAGAUCAGGUGACUGUGCUGGCCACUCCAUUAUAGACAGAAUACCAGCUGACUGCUUCUUCCCUAUAUAGUUCUUGCAUAGAUUGGAGCUGUUCUUUGGGUCAUUGUUCUGUUGUAGGAGAAAAUUGGCUCCAAACAAGCGCCGUCCAGAGGGUAUGGCGUUGCAAAAUGGAGUGAUAGCCUUCCUUCUUCAAGAUCCCUUUUACACUGUACAAAUCUCCCACUUUACCACCACCAAAGCACCCCCAGACCAUCACAUUGCCUCCACCAUGCUUGACAGAUGGCAUCAAGGACUCCUCCAGCAUCUUUUCAUUUGGUCUGUGUCUCACAAAUGUUCUUCUUUGUGAUCCAAACACCUCAAACUUCGAUUCAUCUGUCCAUAAACAUUUUUCCAAUCUUCCUCUGUCCAGUGUCUGUGUUCUUUUGCCCAUCUUUAAUCUUUUGUUUUUAUUGGCCAGUCUGAGAUAUGGCUUUUUCUUUGCAACUCUGCCUAGAAGGUCAGCAUCCUGGAGUCGCCUCUUCACUGUUGACGUUGAGAAUGGUGUUUUGCGGGUACUAUUUAAUGAAGCUGCCAGUUGAGGACCUGUGAGGCGUCUGUUUCUCAAACUAGACACUAAUGUAUUUGUCCUCUUGCUCAGUUGUGCACCGGGCCUCCCACUCCUCUUUCUAUUCUGGUUAGAGCCAGUUUGCGCUGUUCUGUGAAGGGAGUAGUACACAGCGUUGUACGAGAUCUUCAGUUUCUUGGCAAUUUCUUGCAUGGAAUAGCCUUCAUUUCUCAGAACAAAAAUAGACUGACGAGCUUCAGAAGAAAGUUAUUUGUUUCUGGCCAUUUUGAUCCUAUAAUCAAACCCACAAUUGCUGAUGCUCCAGAUACUCAACUAGUCUAAAGAAGGCCAGUUUUAUUGCUUCUUUAAUCAGCACAAUAGUUUUCAGCUGUGCUAACAUAAUUGCAAAAGGGUUUUCUAAUGAUCUUUUAGCCUUUUUAAAAUGAUAAACUUGGAUUAGCAAACACAACGUGCCAUUGGAACACAGGACUGAUGGUUGCUGAUAAUGGGCCUCUGUACGCCUAUAUAGAUAUUCCAUUAAAUAUCAGCCGUUUCCAUCUACAAUAGCCAUUUACAACAUUAACACUGUAUUUCUGAUACAUUUUAUGUUAUUUUAAUGGACAAAAAAUUAGCUUUUCAUUCGAAAACAAGGACAUUUCUAAGUGACCCCAAACUUUUGAACGGUAGUGUGUGUAUAUAUAUAUAUAUAUAUAGGCUGUGUUAUUUUAGUGUUCCCUUAAUUUUUUUGAGCAGUGUAUAUAAAAGGGCUUCAGCACUAUAGUGCGAUUGAGAUGUAAAGUUUUUUUUUUUUUAGCAGUGUAUACACACACACACACACACAACCCCCAUUCGGAAAGUAUUCAGACCCAUUUACUUCCUCAACAUUUUGUUACAUUACAGUCGUAUUCUAAAAUUGAUUAACUUGGUUUUUAGAAAUGUUAGCACAUUUAUUACAAAUAAAAAACGGAAAUAUAACAUUUACAUAAGUAUUCAGACUCUUUACUCAGUACAUUGUUGAAGCACCUUUGGCAGCUAUUACAGCCUCAAGUCUUUUUGGGUAUGACGCUACAAGCUUGGCACACCUGUAUUUGGAGAGUUUCACCUUUGCCCCGGUCUGAGGUCCUGAGCGCUCUGGAGCAGGUUUUCAUCAAGGAUCUCUCUGUACUUUGCCCCAUUCAUCUUUCCCUCGAUCCUGACUAAUCUCCCAGUCCCUGCCGCUGAAAAACAUCCCCACAUCAUGAUGCUGCCACCUCCAUGCUUCACCAUAGGGAUGGUGCCAGGUUCUUCUAGAUGAGACACUUGGCAUUCAGGCCAAAGAGUUCAAUGUUGAUUUCAUCAGACCAGAGAAUCUUGUUUCUCAUGGUCUGAGAGUCCUUUAGGUGCCUUUUGGCCUACUCCAAGCGGGCUGUCGUGUCUUUUACUGAGUAGUGGCUUUCGUCUGGCAACUCUACUUCAAAGGCCUGAUUGGUGGAGUGCUGCAGAGAUGGUUGUCCGUCUGGAAGGUUAUCCCAUCUCCACAGAGGGACUAUGGAGCUCUGUCAGAGUGACCAUCGGGUUCUUGGUAACCUCCUGUCACAGAUAUAUGUGUGUGUGUAUAUGUAUGCAUAUAUAUAUAUAUAUAUAUAUAUAUAUAUAUAUAUAUAUACAUACAUACAUACAUACAUACAUACAUACAUACAUACAUACAUACAUACAUACAUACAGUGGGGAGCACAAGUAUUUGAUACACUGCCGAUUUUUCAGGUUUUCCUACUUACAAAGCAUGUAGAGGUCUGUAAUUUUUAUUUUAGGUACACUUCAACUGUGAGAGACGGAAUCUAAAACAAAAAUCCAGAAAAUCACAUUGUAUGAUUUUUAAGUAGUUAAUUUUGCAUUUUAUUGCAUGACAUAAGUAUUUGAUCACCUACCAACCAGUAAGAAUUCCGGCUCUCACAGACCUGUUAGUUUUUCUUUAAGAAGCCCUCCUGUUCUCCACUCAUUACCUGUAUUAACUGCACCUGUUUGAACUCGUUACCUGUAUAAAAGACACCUGUCCACACACUCAAUCAAACAGACUCCAACCUCUCCACAAUGGCCAAGACCAGAGAGCUGUGUAAGGACAUCAGGGAUAAAAUUGUAGACCUGCACAAGGCUGGGAUGGGCUACAGGACAAUAGGCAAGCAGCUUGGUGAGAAGGCAACAACUGUUGGCGCAAUUAUUAGAAAAUGGAAGAAGUUCAAGAUGACGGUCAAUCACCCUCGGUCUGGGGCUCCAUGCAAGAUCUCACCUCGUGGGGCAUCAAUGAUCAUAAGGAAGGUGAGGGAUCAGCCCAGAACUACUUGGCAGGACCUGGUCAAUGACCUGAAGAGAGCUGGGACCACAGUCUCAAAGAAAACCAUUAGUAACAAACUACGCCGUCAUGGAUUAAAAUCCUGCAGCGCACGCAAGGUCCCCCUGCUCAAGCCAGCGCAUGUCUGAAGUUUGCCAAUGACCAUCUGGAUGAUCCAGAGGAAGAAUUGGAGAAGGUAAUGUGGUCUGAUGAGACAUAAAUAGAGCUUUUUGAUCUAAACUCCACUCGCCGUGUUUGGAGGAAGAAGAAGGAUGAGUACAACCCCAAGAACACCAUCCCAACCGUGAAGCAUGGAGGUGGAAACAUCAUUCUUUGGGGAUGCUUUUCUGCAAAGGGGACAGGAUGACUGCACCGUAUUGAGGGGAGGAUGGAUGGGGCCAUGUAUCGCGAGAUCUUGGCCAACAACCUCCUUCCCUCAGUAAGAGCAUUGAAGAUGGGUCGUGGCUGGGUCUUCCAGCAUGACAACGACCCGAAACACACAGCCAGGGCAACUAAGGAGUGGCUCCAUAAGAAGCACCUCAAGGUCCUGGAGUGGCCUAGCCAGUCUCCAGACCUGAACCCAAUAGAAAAUCUUUGGAGGGAGCUGAAAGUCUGUAUUGCCCAGCGACAGCCCCGAAACCUGAAGGAACUGGAGAAGGUCUGUAUGGAGGAGUGGGCCAAAAUCCCUACUGCAGUGUGUGCAAACCUGGUCAAGACCUACAGGAAAUGUAUCAUCUCUGUAAUUGCAAACAAAGGUUUCUGUACCAAAUAUUAAGUUCUGCUUUUCUGAUGUAUCAAAUACUUAUGUCAUGCAAUAAAAUGCAAAUGAAUUACUUAAAAAUCAUACAAUGUGAUUUUAUGGAUUUUUGUUUUAGAUUCCGUCUCUCACAGUUGAAGUGUACCUAUGAUAAAAAUUACAGACCUCUACAUGCUUUGUAAGUAGGAAAACCUGCAAAAUCGGCAGUGUAUCAAAUACUUGUUCUCCCCACUGUGUAUAUAUGUGUGUGUGUGUGUGUGUGUGUGUGUUUCUGUUGGGUGGAGUAAAUAAAACCCUUAAUACGUAUUCAUGUGCCUCUCUUCUAAUCAUUAUACAACGUGACAGAAUAAUCAACCCAAUAAAAUGGAGACCGCAGGAAAGGCAAGGCUGACGACCAUCGUAGAAACAGUCCAGCAUCAUGAGGCUCCAGUCUCGGCAGGGCCAUUUACAGCGUGCUGGCAACCAUCCUGCGGUUGGAGGGAAAAGUGCAGUCCAUCCAGUACCGGUUCCGGCACCAGCCCGAACACGACCACUACCUGCCUAUGUCCCAUCUGAGCCCGUCCUCGGAUCCCCCUGUCCCUUCCGGAGCGCUUUGAUGGUGUGCCAGCGAGAUGCAAGGGAUUCCUUCUGCAAUGCGACCUGUACCUCGCUCGCUACGCCAAGGCUGUCUCCAAGAGAGACAAAGUUGCCACAGUCAUCUUGUCACUGACCGGAAGGGACCUGGACUGGGAUGCCGUGGUCUUGGAAACUGGCGGACCCGAGGUCGAGUCCUGCGAGCGCUUCACCGUCCUCUUCCGCUCGGUGUUUGAUCAUCUUGUGGAGGGCAGAGAGGGGGUUGAGCGUCUACUCCGACUACGACAGGGAUCUAGGUCCGUCUCGGAGUUCGCCCUGGAGUUCCGGACCAUCACAGCCUCAACCGGAUGGAACGAGUCGGCUCUGGUCAUCGUUUUCCACAGCAGACUGCUGGAGGAGGGACAGUUAGCCUGUUUUGAUGACAACCUGUCACUCUACCAGCUUAUCAGCAUGACGAUCCAGUUGGAAAACCUCCUGCGUUCCCGACAAAGACCUGAGUGGAAUCCGGAGAAUAUGACUAGACCUGUACCUUGGCCAGAGCCGAUGGAGGUGGGCUCUGCACGUUUGCCCGAGGCAGAGCGUAGGAGGAAUCUGGGUUGGUCGCAGGAGUUUCAGAGGAGGUGUCUCGCGGAAUCUGUCAACACCACUACAGUGGAAAGUCCGGACCACCACUCAAGUGGAUUUACCGGAGGAAUACCAGGAUCUGGAACGGGCUUUCUCUAAGACCCAGCCUACAUGUCUGCCUCCUCAUCGCCCCUGGGACUGUGCCAUUGACCUGCUAUCUGACGCAGUCCUCCCGAGAGGACAUGUCUAUCCCCUCUCCUACGCGGAGACCGAGGCCAUGGAGACCUACGUACAGGAGAGCCUCCAGCAGGGUUUUAUCCGCCCCUCUGUCACAGCCUCCUGAAACUUAUUUUUUGUUAAGAAGAAAGAUGGGGGAAUGGGCCCUGCAUUGAUUAUCGAACGCUGAACAAAUUCACCUUUAAGUUCAGCUAUCCGUUACCCCUCAUCCUAACCAUCAUCAAACAAAUGCACGGGGCGCAGUACUUCACGAAACUGGACUUGAGGAACGCCUACAAUUUGGUGCGCAUUCGUACAGGCGAUGAAUGGAAAACAGCCUUUUCCAUGACCAUGGGGCGUUACGAGUAUCUCGUAAUGCCCUUUGGCCUGUCUAAUGCUCCUUCAGUCUUCCAGGCCUUUAUUAACAAAGUGUUUCGGGACAUGCUGGGACAGGGUGUUGUGGUUUAUAUAGACAACAUUUUGGUAUAUUCUGCUGCAGCAUGUCUCGUUAGUCAGGUCUGUGCUGGGAAGACUGUUGGAGCGUGAUCUCUAUAUUAAACAAGAUAAAUGUUAGUUUUUCCAGCGGUCCGUGUCCUUUUUGGGCUACGUCAUAUCCUCGGAGGGAGUGGAGAUGGAGGAGCAACGCGUCAGAUCAUGGCCCAUCCCGAACUCCGUGAAAGCAGCCCAGCGAUUCCUGGGGAUCAGCAACUAUUUCCGGAGGUUCAUCCAGGGCUUCAGCACAGUGGUCGCGCCUCUUACCUCCCUGCUGAGAGGAGGUCCCCAGCGGUUUCGUUGGAUGGAGGAGGCGUGCCAGCACGCUUCACCACUGCUCCCGUGCUGGCACAUCCCGACCCCUCACUCCCCUUCAUUCAUGAGUUGGAUGCCUCCGAAGUAGGAGUCGGGGCAGUGCUGUCCCAGUGCACCAGAACUCCUCCAAAACUGCGGCCCUGCGCCUUCUACUCCAAGCAGCUGAGCCCCGCCCAGAGGAACUACGAUGUAGGGGACUGGGAACUCUUGGCGGUCAAGUAGGCUCUGAAGGUGUGGAGGCACUGGCUGGAAGGGUCCAAACACCCUUUUCUGGUGUGGACGGACCACCGCAACUUGUAGUAUAUUAGGGCAGCGAAGAGGCUAAACCCGAGACAGGCCAGGUGGGCUCUAUUCUUCGCUAGGUUCCAAUUCACGCUUUCCUAUAGGCCAGGCUCAAAGAAUGUGAAGGUGGAUGCCCUGUCUCGCCUCUAUGACGCAGGGAGAGGAAACCCCCAUCGUCCCUCCGUUCUGUAUCAUUGCGCUAGUGAUGUGGCAUGUGGACGCCGACAAAUGGCAGGCCCUGCGUACGGAACCCGCACCUGCACAGUUCCCAGAGAACCGAGCCCACGGUUGUGUGGGACCGCCUCCUUUCCUGGGCGCACAUGGCGCCUAUGUCAGGUCAUCCUGGGAUAGGCCGUACCAUCGCCUGCCUGACUGAGAAGUACUUGUGGCCCACCUUGGCUAAGGACACCUCCCUGAAAGCUUCUUCCCCUGCCGGUUCCACAACGACCCUCUUGGUAGACUUUGUCACUGACCUCCCCCCCCCCCCCCCCCCCCCCUCCCAGGGGAACACCGCCGUUCCAGCCCAGGUUCCUGAGGUGUUACUGCCGGGGGAGUGGGCGGAUUUUCUACCUUGGGCUGAGUACUCACAGAAUUCUCUCCGCCACUCCUCCACUAACCUUACUCCUUUCCAGUGCGUGUUGGGGUAUCAGCCGGCCCUGGCACCUUGGCAUCCGAGCCAGACCGAGGCCCCUGCGGUGGACGAGUGGUUUCGGCUCGCUGAGGAGAUCUGGAACGCUGCGCACACUCGUCUCCAGCGGGCCGUGCGUCGGCACAAGGAACAGGCCGACCGCCACCGCAUGAGGCGCCUGUUUUCUCUCCAGGCGACCAGGUCUGUCUCUCCACCAGAACCUGCCCCUCUGCUUGCCCUGCCGGAAGCUGAGCCCGUGUUUUGUGGGGCCGUUCAAAGUCCUGAGUAGUGUUAAUGAGGUAACGAACCGUGUGCAACUCCCUGUUGAUUACCGCAUUAACCCAACUUUUCAUGUGUCUCUCCUCAGGCCAGUGGUGCCUGGUCCCCUCGCUGAGGCUGGACCCAGUGACGCCACGCCUCUUCCUCUGGACAUCGAGGGAGGUCCGGCGUACUCGGUCUGUGAAGUCCUGGAUUCGAGGCGUCGGGCGGGGUGUCUCCAGUAACUCAUCGACUGGGAAGGGUACGGCCCAGAGGAGCGGUGCUGGGUUCCUGCGUUGGACAUUUUGGAUGCUUCGCUGACCACAGAUUUUCACUGUCGGCGGCCUGACCGACCUGCACCGUGUCCCUGUGGUUGUCCCCGAGGCCGGUGUCGUCCCGCUGCUGGUGCAGCGUUUCGUGGGGGGGGUACUGUCACUGAUCCCUCCCGGUACUGCUGCUCAUUCCGUUCACUAGUUCCGGAGGUCUACGUCACCGGCUUUCUAGGCGUCACUGACAUGGAUCAUUACCACCAACCCCGUUAUGCACACCUGGUUCCCAUUUACCCGGAUUUGUAUGUGUAUAUGUGUGCCCUCUGUCACCCAUUGUCCUUGUCAAUUAUUGUCCCAUGUCCGUUGGUCUCGUGAGAACCGUGUAUUGUGCUCUUGUUGUUUUUGGGUCUUGUUCCGUGUAUUGUGUAGAGGUUACACCUCGCUCUUUGUUUGGGUUACAUCCCUUUGGUGUAUAUAUAUAUAUACGUGUUUGUGUUGGGUGGAGUAAAUAAAACCCCUAAUACAAAUUCCUGUGCCUGUCUUCUAAUCAUUAUACAACGUGACACCUCCGUGACCAAGGCCCUUCUCCCCCGAUUGCUCAGUUUCGUCGGGUGGCCAGCUCUAGGAAGAGUCUUAGUGGUUCCAAACUUCUUUCAUUUAAGAGUGAUGGAGGCCACUGUGUUCUUGGGGACCUUCAAUGCUGCAGAUAUUUUUUGGUAACCUUGCCCAGAUCUGUGCCUCAACACAAUCCUGUCUCGUGCUCAACUAACAAUUCCUUCGACCUCAUGGCUUGGUUUUUGCUCUGACAUGCACUUUCAACUAUGGGACCUUGUAUAGACAGGUGUGUGUGCCUUUCCAAAUCAUGUCCAAUCAAUUUAAUUUACCACAGGUGGACUCCAAUCAAGUUGUAGAAACAUUUCAAGGAUGAUAAAUGGAAACACAAUGCAUCUGAGCUCAAUUUUGAGUCUCAUAGCAAAGGGUCUGACUACAUAUGUAAAUAAGGUAUUUCUGUCUCUUAUUUAGUAUAAAUGUGCAAACAUUUCUAAAACGUGUUUUCACUUUGUUAUUAUGUGGUAUUGUGUGUAGAUUGAUGAGGAUGUAAAGUAAUUUAAUCCAUUGUAGAAUAAGGCUGUAACUAAACAAAACGUGGAAAAAGUGAAGGGGUUUGUAUGCUUUCCGAAUGCACUCUGUGUGUGUGUGUGUGUGUGUGUGUGUGUGUACAGUUGAAGUCAGAAGUUUACAUGCACUUAGGUUGGAGUCAUUAAAACUCAUUUUUCAACCACUCCACACAUUUCUUGUUAACAAACUAUUAUUUUGGCAAGUGGGUUAGGAUAUUACUUUCUGCAUGACACAAGUAAUUUUACCAACAAUUGUUUACAGACAGAUUAUUUCACUUAUAAUUCACUGUAUCACAAUUCCAGUGGGUCAGAAGUUUACAUACACUAUGUUGACCGUGCUUUUAAACAGCUCGGAAAAUUCCAGAAAAUGAAGUCAUGGCUUUAGAAGCUUCUGAUAGGCUAAUUGACAUAAUUUGAGUCAAUUGGAGGUGUACCUGUGGAUGUAUUUCAAGGCCUACCUUCAAACUCGGUGCCUCUUUGCUUGACAUCAUGGGAAAAUCAAAAGAAAUCAGCCAAGACCUCAGGAAAAAAAAUGGUAGACCUCCACAAGUCUGGUUCAUCCUAGGGAGCAAUUUCCAAACACCUGAAGGUACCACGUUAAUCUGUACAAAUAAUAGUACGCAAGUAUAAACACCAUGGGACCACGCAGCCGUCAUACCGCUCAGGAAGGAGACGCGUUCUGUCUCCUAGAGAUGAACGUACUUUGGUGUGAAAAGUGCAAAUCAAUCCCAGAACAACAGCAAAUGACCUUGUGAAGAUGCUGGAGGAAACAGGUACAAAAGUAUCUAUAUCCACAGUAAAACAAGUCCUAUAUCGACAUAACCUGAAAGGCCACUCAGCAAGGAAGAAGCCACUGCUCCAAAACCGCCAUAAAAAAGCCAGACUACGGUUUGCAACUGCACAUGGGGACAAAGAUCUUACUUUUUGGAGAAAUGUCCUCUGGUCUGAUGAAACAAAAAUCUAACUGUUUGGCCAUGGAGGAAAAAGGGGGUUUCUUGCAAGCCGAAGAACACCAUCCCAACUGUGAAGCACGGGGGUGGCAGCAUCAUGCUGUGGGGGUGCUUUGCUGCAGGAGGGACUGGUGCACUUCACAAAAUAGAUGGCAUCAUAAGGAAGGAAAAUUAUGUGGAUAUAUUGAAGCAACAUCUCAAGACAUCAGUCAGGAAGUUAAAGCUUGGUCGCAAAUGGGUCUUCCAAAUGGACAAUGACCCCAAGCAUACUUCCAAAGUUGUGGCAAAAUGUCUUAAGGACAACAAAGUCAAGGUAUUGGAGUGGCCAUCACAAAGCCCUGAACUCAAUCCUACAGAAAAUGUGUGGGCAGAACUGAAAAAGCAUGUGCGAGCAUGGAGGCCUACAAACCUGACUCAGUUACACCAGCUCUGUCAGGAGUAAUGGGCCAAAAUUCACCCAACUUAUUGUGGGAAGGUUGUGGAAGGCUACCCGCAAUGUUUGACCCAAGUUAAACCAUUUUUAAAGGCAAUGCUACUAAAUACUAAUUGAGUGUAUGUAAACAUCUGACCCACUGGGAAUGUGAUGAAAUAAAUAAAAGCUGAAAUAAAUCUUUCUCUCUACUAUUAUUCUGACAUUUCACAGUCUUAAAAUAAAGUGGUGAUCCUAACUGACCUAAGACAGGGAAUUUUACUAGGAUUAAAUGUCAGGAAUUGUGAAAAACUGAGUUUAAAUGUAUUUGGCUAUAUAUAUAUAUAUAUAUAUAUAUAUAUAUAUAUUAUUAUUUUUUUUUUUACACACAGAGGUUAAAUAAUAGGUGAUGCUCUCUCUUUCAUUCACUCUUGUGGCUUUAUGUUGUUAACUUUAAACAAUUUUUAUACGUGCAUGGUGUAGCCUAGGUGUAGCUACAAAUCAAGCCAGAGUGAUAACAUUUCGUUGCCGUUGCAGGGCUCCAGACUAACAUUUUCCCCUGGUGGCACUGGUGCCACUAACUUUUUCAGUUGGUGGCACCAGCCCAUGUUUUGGUGGCACCCAAAAAAAUCUGCAGCGUCGCACAAUAUAAUACAUUAUAGUCAUCUUAUAAAGUCAUUAUAGUCAUUCACAAUGCUUUAUUAAGAAGUGUAAUAGGCUAUUGAGAUGGUAUUCAAUAAAUAAGUUGAUACAUCUAACAUGUCCAAGCAGGAGUGCAUGAUUCAAAAUAGUUGAAUAUUCAACCUAAUCCAGUGAUUGUCAUGAAUUUUGUCUUGACAAUUAGGCUAUUUUUUUUAAAUAUUUUACUCUCAAAAUAGGGCUCCAGAAUUUUCAGAUUUUUUUGUUCAAUAGAGAUGAAUGUGCACUAAUAUUAUAUAUAGUCCUAAUUCAAUUGGUGUUAAUUCACCACCUGAGGAAAAGGAAACUCAACACAUUAGCUAGAUUGCUUACUCUAAAUCUAAUGCUUCUGUUAGUAGCCAUUCAUGAAUCUAACUGUAAAUGUAAUAUCCUAAUAAUACUUUGCAAUGAGGCCUAGUACACUCGCGAUUGCCGAUGUGCAAUUUCAUAUUUCAAAGCCGUAUCAGAUAUCUCGAUUGUAAAUCAGUGUGGUUUGAGCGCAAUAUAUUUAUACCUUUUGAAAUGUUAUGCAAUCCCGAGGGGCACAUGAGGGGGGGAGAGUGAGUGUGAUGGGCUCGCUCAGCAGCCGGCCCCAGCGAAACAGGCAUGCACAGUGGUAGGGCAGACACUUUUAUUAUAGGAAUUAUGAGGAUAAUGCACUUUACUGUUAACAAAUUCAAGGUUUUAUCCUCCUAAAAAAUAAGUUGUUUUGAUUUGAUGGGCACCAGGUAGAAUGUGUAGCUCACACCAGUGCGACUACAAGUUGUGAUGCAAUAACUUGUAAUGGAGGGCCAAAGGACUGUUUGCCACUUACAUGUCACCCUUGUUCACAUUUCAGAACAGCACUUCACAUUGCCUGUGCCAAUGGACAUGCAGACGUGGUCCAGUUCCUGGUUGAGAGCAAAGCCAAGCUCAACCUAUGCGACAAUCAAAACAGAUCCCCCUUGAUGAAGGUACUGUGUCCUAUUUUUGCUUUGUCAGUGGACGGAAGAAUCCAGCAUUUUAAAAACAGAUUUGAGGAUAAAAUAUGAUAGUUGAUUGACCAUCUCAAUUCAGACAUGGUAGGCAUAUGUGUAGCCUAUAUUAUUCUUAUGGAUUGCAUAUACAUUUACACCUGGGUGGUAUUCAUUAGGGCACACUGGGAGGUGAAUGUUUCCAUUCAAGCACAAUUUGAUACGCAUUUAGAUACAGUGCAUUCAGAAAGUAUUCACACCCCUUGACUUGUUCCAAAUUGUGUCUUAGUUUGAAUAAAAAAUAUACAGGCGUCCUUCCUAACUCAGUUGCCGGAGAGGAAGGAAACCGCCCGUGGAUUUCACAAUGAGGCCAAUGGUGACUUUAAAACAGUUAAAGAGUUUAAUGGCUGUGAUGGGAGAGAACUGAGGAUGGAUCAACAACAUUGUAGUUACUUCACAAUACUAACCUAAUUGACAGAGUGAAAAGAAAGAAGCCUGUAUAGAAUACAAAUAUUCCAAAACAUGCAUCCUGUUUGCAAUAAGGCAAAAUAAUGUGGCGAAGCAAUUCACUUUUUGUCCUGAAUACAUAGUGUUAUGUUUGGGGAAAAUCCAAUGCAACACAUUACUGAGUACCGCUCUCCAUAUUUUCAUACAUUCACAUCGAUGGGGCUGUAGUGGAGCGGGUCGAGAGCUUAAAGUUCCUUGGCGUCCACAUCACUAACAAACUAUCAUGGUCCAAACACACGAAGACAGUUGUGAAAAGGGCAUGACAACUCCUAUUCUGCUUCAGGACACUGAAAAGAUUUGGCAUGGGUCCUCAGAUCCUCAAAAAGUUAUACAGCUGCACAAUCGAGAGCAUCCUGACUGGUUGCAUUGGUAUGGCAACCACUCGGCAUCCGACCGCAAGGUGCUACAAAGGGUAGUGCGUAAGGCCCAGUACAUCACUGGCUAAUGCCAUCUUUAUACCAGGCGGUGUCAGAAGAAGGCCCUAAAAAUUGUCAAAGACUCCAGCCACCCUAGUCAAAGACUGUGUUCUCUGCUACCGCACGUCAAGCAGUACUGGAGUGCCAAGUCUAGGUCCAAAAGGCUCCUCAACAGCUUCUAACCCCAAGCCAUUAGAGUGCUAAACAGUUAAUCAAAUGGCUACCCAGACUAUUUGCACAGACCCCUUUUUUACGCUGCUGCUACUCGCUGUUUAUUAUCUAUGCAUACAGUGGCUUGCGAAAUUAUUCACCCCCAUUGGCAUUUUUCCUAUUUUGUUGCCUUACAACCUGGAAUUAAAAUCGGGCUUGUAUCAUUUGAUUUACACAAUAUGCCUACGACUUUGAAGAUUCAAAACAUUUUUUUGUUGUUGAAACAAACAAGAAAUAAGACAAAAAAACAGAACUUGAGCGUGCAUAAAACUAUUCACCCCCCCAAAGUCAAUACUUUGUAGAGCCACCUAUGCAUCAAUUAUAGCUGCAAGUCUCUUGGGGUAUGUCUGUAUAAGCUUGGCACAUCUAUCCACUGGGAUUUUUGCCCAUUCUUCAAGGCAAAACUGCUCCAGCUCCUUCAAGUUGGAUGGGUUCCGCUGGUGUACAGCAAUCUUUAAGUCAUACCACAUAUUCUCAAUUGGAUUGUGGUCUGGGCUUUGACUAGGCCAUUCCAAGACAUUUAAAAGUUUCCCCUUAAACCACUCGAGUGUUGCUUUAGCAGUAUGCUUAAGGUCAUUGUUCUGCUGGAAGGUGAACCUCCAUCCCAGUCUCAAAUCUCUGGAAGACUGAAACAGGUUUCCCUCAAGAAUUUCCCUGUAUUUAGCGCCAUCCAUAAUUCCUUCAAUUCUGACCAGUUUCCUAUUCCCUGCCGAUGAAAAACAUCCCCACAGCAUGAUGCUGCCACCACCAUGCUUCACUGUGGGGAUGGUGUUCUCGGGGUGAUGAGAGGUGUUUGGUUUGCGCCAGACAUAGCGUUUUCCUUGAUGGCCAAAAAGCUCAAUUUUAGUCUCAUCUGACCCGGAGUACCUUCUUCCAUAUGUUUGGGGAGUCUCCCACAUGCCUUAUGGCGAACACCAAACAUGUUUGCUUAUUUCUUUCUUUAAGCAAUGGCUUUUUUCUGGCCAAUAUUCCGUAAAGCCCAGCUCUGUGGAGUGUAGGGCUUAAAGUGGUCUUAUGGACAGAUACUCCAAUCUCCACUGUGGAGCUUUGCAGCUCCUUCAGGGUUAUCUUUGGUCUCUAUGUUGCCUCUCUGAUUAAUGCCCUCCUUGCCUGGUCCAUGAGCUUUGGUGGGCGGCCCUCUCUUGGCAGGUUUGUUGUGGUGCCAUAUUCUUUCAAUUUUUUAAUAAUGGAUUUAAUGGUGCUCUGUUGGAUGUUCAAAGUUUCUGAUAUUUUUCUAUAACCCAACCCUGAUCUGUACUUCUCCACAACUUUGUCCCUGACCUGUUUGGAGAGCUCCUUGGUCUUCAUGGUGCCGCUUGCUUGGUGAUGCCCCUUGCUUAGUGGUGUUGCAGACUCUGGGGCCUUUCAGAACAGAUGUGUGUAUAUGUAUGUAUAUAUAUAUAUAUAUAUAUAUAUAUAUAUAUAUAUAUAUAUAUAUAUAUAUACUGAGAUCAUGUGACAGAUCAUGUGACACUUAGAUUGCACACAGGUGGACUUUAGUUAACUAAUUAUGUGACUUCUGAAGGUAAUUGGUUGCACCAGAUCUUAUUUAGGGGCUUCAUAGCAAAGGGGGUGAAUACAUAUGCACGCACCAAUUUUCCGUUAUUUAUUUUUUAGGCUACACAAAAGAUAGCCCUGUGUGGUAAAAUACCAAGUCUAUAUUAUGGCUAGAACAGCUCAAAUAAGCAAAGAGAAACGACAGUCCAUCAAUACUUUAAGACAUGAAGGUCUGUUUCAAAAACUUCAAAUGCAGUCGCAAAAACCAUCAUGCGCUAUGAUGAAACUGGCUCUCAUGAUGACCGCCACUGGAAAGGAAGACCCAGAGUUACCUCUGCUGCAGAGGAUAAGUUCAUUAGAGUUACCAGCCUCAGAACUUGCAGCCCAAAUAAAUGCUUCAGAGUUCAAGUAACAGACACAUCUCAACAUCAACUGUUCAGAGGAGACUGUGUGAAUCAGGCCUUUAUGGUCGAAUUGCUGCAAAGAAACCACUACUAAAGGACACCAAUAAGAAGAAGAGACCUACUGGGCCAAGAAACACAAGCAAUGGACAUUAGACUGGUGGGAAUAUGUCAUUUGGGCUAGAGUCCACGUUAACAUGAUGCAGCCGAGACUCCCAUUGCAAGCUAGCAAUGAGUAAGUGGAGCAGGCACGGUGCGCACUAUAUAAUAAGGGGUCUGCUGCGCUGAUAGACAUGCGUGAUCGGUGAGACACAUUUGCCAGAAAUACCAAAAGUAACAAAUUCUAGUACCAAACCGUUUUUAAUGUUCUAGUAUCAAAGUACCAACGUUUUGGUAUACCGAGCAACACUAUUUGGUAGGCAAGAUGUUUGUCAACUUGUCUAUCAUUAGAUAAUGCAGCUUCUCUUCUGUCAUUACUUGAUGCUGUACAAUACUAAUUUGGCCUUGCUCACAAGAAUGACGUCAUAUAUACAUGGAGUGAAUGCAUCAUUAACAAUAUAGUUGACAUCGAUAAAGUUUUCUGUUUAAUUUCUGCUUCCUUCGAGGAGUGAAGACAUUUAGGGACCGGGGAGAUUUUCCAUGCAGAAUUCCCAAAUUCCAUCAGUUUUAAGGAAAUGAAAAGCUGUGAAAAUGAUCCAUUAUGUUUCUGAUAGUAUUUUAGUGUUUCUUGGAUGCAUAUUUUAUGUGGUUGAAAGUAAAAUACUGUCAGCUUUUAUGUCAAUUUUUUGGGGGGGCAUAUUUAGGCUACACAACACAGACCCUAAGCGCGCAUUCUUAUUUUCUCAACAUGAAAUAAAUAAAUCAUUGUUCCUGAGAACUAUUACAUUUGGUCUAUAAUUUUACUGUAAGAAACACGUAAUUCUGCAGUAUUUAAUAUUAUAAUCUUAGUGUCCAAACUGGGAUAGGAGCUUAUUCGGGUUAUUGUAAACGGGAUAUGAUGUUUGUGUCAACUCUAACGGGUUAUUGGUGUGCAUGUAAACAUGUUCAGUGGCUGUCAUAUGCAUUUAUAUGCUUACAGUGCCUUGCAAAAGUAUUCAUCCCCCUUGGCGUUUUUCCAAUUUUUUUGCAUUAUAACCUGUAAUUUUAAAUGGAUUUUUUUUUGAAUUUCAUGUAAUGGACAUACACAAAAUAGUCCAAAUUGGUGAAGUGAAAUGAAAAAAAUAAAUUGUUACAAAAAAUUCAAAAACAUAAAUAACGGAAAAGUGGUGCUUUACUAUGAAGCCCCUAAAUAAGAUCUGGUGCAACCAAGUCCACCUGUGUGUAAUCUAAGUGUCACAUGAUCUCAGUAUAUAUACAUCUGUUCUGAAAGGCCCCAGAGUCUGCAACACCACUAAGCAAGGGGCACCACCAAGCAAGCGGCAUCAUGAAGACCAAGGAGCUCUCCAAACAGGUCACGGACAAAGUUGUGGAGAAGUACAGAUCAGGGUUGUGUUAUAAAAAAAAUAUCAGACACUUUGAACAUCCCACGGAGCACCAUUUUAAAUCCAUUAUAAAAAAAUGGAAAGAAUAUGGCACCACAACUUGAGACUGGGACCGAGGUUCACCUUCCAGCAGGACAAUGACCCUAAGCAAACUGCUAAAGCAACACUCUAGUGGUUUAAGGGGAAACUUUUAAAUGUCUUGGAAUGGCCUAGUGAAAGCCCAGACCUCAAUCCAGUUGAGAAUCAGUGGUAUGACUUAAAGAUUGCUGUACACCAGCGGAACCCAUCCAACUUGAAGGAGCUGGAGCAGUUUUGCCUUGAAGAAUGGGCAACAAUCCCAGUGGCUAGAUAUGCCUAGCUUAUAAAGACAUAUCCCAAGAGACUUGCUGCUGUAAUUGCUGCAAAAGGUUGCUCUACAAAGUAUUGACUUUGGGGGUGGGGGGGGUGAAUAGUUAUGCACGCUCAUGUUUUCUGUUUUUUUCUUCUUAUUUCUUGUUUGUUUUACAAUAAAACAUAGUUUGAAUCUUCAAAGUGGUAGGCAUGUUGUGUAAAUCAAAUGAUACAAACCCCCCCCCAAAAUUCAUUUUAAUUCUAGGUUGUAAGGCAACAAAAUAGGAAUAAUGCCAAGGGAGGUGAAUACUUUCACAAGCCACUGUAGUUCGAUAUUGGUUACUAAAGGAGAGGACACAUCUAUUCAGUCACAAAAGAGAGGGGGAAAAUAAUUAAAUGAUAAAAAAAAACAUUUACAAUUUUAACAGUGAAGUUAGGUAAGUUGGAAGCUUGGAACAGCUUUAUAAACAAAAUAGCGUAAAGACGUCAUCUACAUUACUUCAAAGAGGUCCAGCCAACCUUUUGUUAAAGAAUACAGUGAUGAGUACGAAAAGUGCCUUUUGUGAUAAAACAAAGGGCGCUAUAAUAAACGGAGUAGUGGCAGCUGCAAUUUGAUAAAUAGUAUCACUAUAAUCAAGAACAGGUCGAUCUACCUUUAACAUUUUUGCAAAACUCUUGCAAUGGCAAACGUUGUGGAUUGUUGCAGAUAUAUAAAUGUCAUGAAUGGAACUGAUGUGAUUCCUAAUUCUAGAUGUCAGAGUUAUGUUUUUGUACAAAACAUAUUUCUAUCUUAAUGUUCCUCUCCUCCGUACCCCUGGCAGGCAGUUCAGUGCCAGCAGGAGCGCUGCGUGGCCACGCUACUGGAGCAUAAUGCCGAGACUAAUUUGGUGGACAUCAACGGCAACACUGCCCUGCACCUGGCCUCCUGCAUCCCUGCCUUUUCCACCGCUAUGCUGCUGCUGGAGCAUGAGGCCAAUGUCAACGCCCAGAACAAGGUGAGCCGUGGGGCUGUAGGUGGCCCAGCCCAGGGCCAGAACCACCACUCCUCCCCUGGAUCUGUGUCGAUUGUAGUAGGAGCAAUAUGGUGGUAGCUCCAACUUGCCCAAAUUGUCUACAUAUUGCUUACACCAGGAGUAUCAUACUCAAUUAUUUUAGGGCUGAGCAUCUGCGGGUUUUCGAUCCUCCCUUGUACUUGAUUAAUCAAUUAAGGUAAUUGACUAGUUAGGAAUUCCUCUCAUCUGGUUGUCUAGAUCUUAAUUGGACACUCAUUUAAAGGAAAUAACAAAAACUGGAAGACACGCGACACGGCCCUGCAGGAAUUGAGUUUGACACCCCUGGCUUACACCAAUCCAAUCCUCUGAGCUACAGAAGAGUCAAUUUGUUACUCAGGGAUCCACUAGCACCACUCAGGACAGUCACAGCUCAGGCACUGGUCCGAGAGAGAGAUAUGAACACGUUUCCAGAUUGCUGGAGAGUAAUCCUGACCCAUUGGUUCAAAAAGAAAGGGGAUGAAGCUGAGGGGAGGAGAGCUGUUACUAUUUUGGUACAAAAAUGACUAGGCUAUGUGGAUAUACUAGAUAUUUGACAAUGCGUGUUGUGGUUUGGAUGAUCUUCUUGCAGGAGGGAUACUCCCCUCUGACUAUGGCAGUGAAGGAGAAUCAUGCCGAGAUGGCAGAGUUCCUCCUCAAGGAGGGGGCUGACGUCAACACUAAGGACCAGGGAAACAGGUGGGUUUGUGUGAUACCUUUAAAGAUCAAAUCCAUUUUCCUGAGAUGGAGAGAUCUGGUAGAAUAGUUAAUAAAUAAGUAAUUUAUUUUAUUUGAAUUUCUUUGACAAUUUAAAAACACAAACACAAAUGUGGGUACAAUGCAUUUAAGCAUUUGUCGAGGAUGACCCAAAGAAGUUAAAUGUAAACUACAUGGCUAAAAGUAGGUGGACACCUGCUCGUCAAACAUCUAAUUCCAAAAUCAUGGCCAUUAACAUGGAGUUGGUCCCCCCUUUUGCUGCUAUAAUAGCCUCCACUCUUCUGGGAAGGCAGUCGGCGUUCCAAUUAAUUCCAAAGGUGUUCGAUGCGGUUGAGGUCAGGGCUCUGUGCAGGCCAGUCAAGUUCUUCCACACCAAUCUCAACAAACGAUUUCUGUAUGGACCUCGCUUGUGCAAGGGGUCAUGCAGAAACAGGAAAGGGCCUACCCCAAACUGUUGCCACAAAGUUGGAAGCACAGAACUCUCUAGAAUGUAAUUGUAUGCUGUAGCAUUAAGAUUUCCCGUCCCUGGAACUACGGGGCCUAGCCCGAACCAUGAAAAACAGCCCCAGUGCAUUAUUCCUCCUCAACCAAACUUUACAGUUCUCCUGACAUCCGCCAAACCCAGAUUCGUCCGUCGUACUGCCAGAUGGUGAAGCGUGAUUCAUCACUCCAGAGAACGCGUUUCCACUGCUCAAGAGUCCAAUGGUGGUGAGCUUUACACCACUCCAGCCGACGCUUGGCAUUGCGCAUGGUGAUCUUAGGCUUGUUUGCGGCUGCUCGCCCAUCGAAACCAAUUUCAUGAAGCUCCCGACGAACAGUUCUUUUGCUGACGUUGCUUCCAGAGGCAGUUUGGAACUCGGUAGUGAGUGUUGCAACCAAGGACAGACAAUUUCUACACGCUACGCUCUUCAGCACUCGGCGGUCCCGUUCUGUGAGCUUGUGUGGCCUACCACUUCAUGGCUUAGCUGUUGUUGCUCCUAGACGUUUCCACUUCACAAUAACAUCACUUACAGCUAACUGGGGCAGCUCUUGCAGGGCAGAAAUUGGACAAACUGACUUGUUGGAAAGGUGCCAUCCUAUGACAGUGCCAAGUUGAAAGUAACUGAGCUCUUCAGAAAGGCCAUUCUACUGCCAAUGUUUGUCUAUGGAGAUUGCAUGGCUCUGUGCUCGAAUUUAUACACCUGUCAGCAACAGGUGUGGCUGUAAUCGCCGAAUCCACUAAUUACAAACGUUUGGCCAAACUUCAAACAUGUUACACAUUCACAGCUAAAAGCUAAAUUGCAGUAAAAAUCACUUAGCCAAAAUAAUUUAACAACUCUGCAUGAGCUCCCCAAGGACUGCCCGUUCAAAUCAAAACCGCAUCGGCAACGCUAUCAGCUAUCAGUAAAGCUAGUUAGCAGUCCAAUCGAUCUAAUAAUACAUUUACUGCUGCUAUUGAAAAUAACAGAUCCCAGAUCACCAGAUUUACGUGAUCUCUAUCUAAUUAUCUUCCAAUAGCUUGCAGAAAACUAAUUUUACGUAAGAACACUAAAUAUAAUUUUACAUUUACGUCAUUUAGCAGUUGGUGCAUUCAAUUUAUGAUAGCCAGUGGGACAACCACCCUAUUUUAUUUAUAUAUAUAUUUUUUAAUGGGAGGGGCGGGUAGAAGGAUUACUUUUGUACUAUUCCAGGUAUUCCUUAAAGAGGUAGGGUUUCAAGUGUCUCCGGAAGGUGGUCAGUGACUCCGCUGUCCUGGCGUCGUGGGGAAGCUUGUUCCACCAUUGGGGUGCCAGAGCAGCGAAUAGUUUUGACUGGGCUGAGCAGGAACUGUGCUUCCGUAGAGGUAGGGGGCUAGCAGGCCAGAGGUGGAUGAACGUAGUGCCCUCGUUUUGGUGUAGGAUCAGAACCUGAAGGUAAGGAGGUGCCGUUCCCCUCACAGCUCCGUAGGCAAGCACCAUGGUUUUGUAGUAGAUGCGAGCUUCAACUGGAAGCCAGUGGAGUGUGCGGAGGAGCGGGGUGACAUGAGAGAACUUAGGAAGGUUGAACACCAGACGGGCUGCAGCGUUCUGGAUAAGUUGCAAUACAUUUGCUAGAGCUAACAGCUCAGCUAAGCUGUCCCCUAGGGCGUCAUGGCAACUCUUCCUUCUUUCCUCCCUGCCUUGAUGUAAUCUGUGGUCUAACACACAUUAAUAGGUGAUGGCAAGGGUUCCAUUACUUAACUUUUGUCAUAUCAGCGCUUAGGCUACUUCAAGAAAGGGAAUGAAAGGGAAUUUUGGAAUGCUAGAUUCUGAUAUAGGAGAAUGCACAGACCGAUAUGGGCACAUUUACUCAACCUCCAGCUUUUGCUACCUUUAGGUCCCCAUUAAUGAUCGCUGCUUGCAAUGGACAAAUCAGUAUGGUGCGGAUACUCCUGCAGUUCGACGCAGACAUCACCUUAAAGGACAAUAAUGGAUGGUCGUCUGAUGACUAUGCCGUGAUGAACGGACACCAUGCGUAAGUACUCAAACUGUCAAUUCCUUAGACAUAUAUACACUACCGGUCAAAAGUUUUAGAACACCUACUCAUUCAAGGGAUUUUAUUUAUUUUUUACUAUUUUAUACAUUGUAGAAUAAUAGUCAAGACAUCAAAUCUAUGAAAUAACACAUACGGAAUCAUGUAGUAACCAAAGAAGUGUUAAACAAACAUUUUUUGUCAUUUAGCAGACGCUCUUAGGGUUAAGUGCCUUGCUCAAGGGCACAUCGACAGAUUUUUCACCUAGUCGGCUCGGGGAUUAGAACCAGCGACCUUUCGGUUACUGGCACAACGCUCUUACCCACUAAGCUACCUGGUCUUCCUGUUAUAUUUGAGAUUCUUCAAAUAGCCACCCUUUACCUAGAUGACAGCUUUGCACACUCUUGACAUUCUCUCAACCAACUUCACCUGGAAUGCUUUUCCAACAUUUUUGAAGGAGUUCCCACAUAUACUGAGCACUUGUUGGCUGCUUUUCCUUCAUUCUGCGGUCCGACUCAUCACAAACCAUCUCAAUUUGGAUGAGGUCGGGGGAUUGUGGAGGCAAGGUCAUCUGAUGCAGCACUCCAUCACUCUACUUCUUGGUAAAAUAUCCCUUACACAGCCUGGAGGUGUGUUGGGUCAUUGUCCUGUUGAAAAACAAAUGAUAGUCUCUCUAAGCCCAAACCAGAUGGGAUAGCGUAUCGCUGCAGAAUGCUGUGGUAGCCAUGCUCGUUAAAUCACAGACAGUGUCACCAGCAAAGCACCCCCACACCAUAACACCACCUUCUCCAUGCUUUACGGUGGGAAAUACACAUGCAGAGAUCAUCCUUUCACCCACAACGCGUCUCACAAAGACACAGCGGUUGGAACCAAAAAUCUCAAAUUUGGACUCCAGACCAAAGGACACAUUUCCACUGGUUUAAUGUCCAUUGCUUGUGUUUCUUGGCCCAAGCAAGUCUCUUCUUCUUAUUGGUGUCUUUUAGUAGAGGUUUAUUUGCAGCAAUUUGACCAAGAAGGCCUGAUUCACUUAGUCUUCUCUGAACAGUUGAUGUUGAGAUAUGUCUCUUACUUGAACUCUGUGAAGCAUUUAUUUGGGCUGCAAUUUCUGAGGCUGGUAACUCUAAUGAACUUAUCCUCUGCAGCAGAGGUAACUCUGGGUCUUCCAUUCCUGUGGCAUUCCUCAUGAGAGCCAGUUUCAUCAUAGUGCUUGAUUGUUUCUGCGACUGCACUUGAAGAAACUUUAAAAGUUCUUGACAUUUUUUACUAGAAAAUAAUAAGAAAUUAAGAAAAACCCUUGAAUGAGUACGUGUUCUAAAACGUUUGACUGGUUGUGUGUGUGUGUGUGUAUCUAUGUGUAUAUAUUAUACAGUGAGGGAAAAAAGUUUGACCACUGACAAAUAAAUGAUCAGUCUAUAAUUUUAAUGGUAGGUUUAUUUGAACAGUGAGAGACAGAAUAACAACAAAAACAUCCAAAAAAACGCAUGUCAAAAAUGUUAUAAAUUGAUUUGCAUUUUAAUGAGGGAAAUAAGUAUUUGACCCCCUCUCAAUCAGAAAGAUUUCUGGCUCCCAGGUGUCUUUUAUACAGGUAACGAGCUGAGAUCAGGAGCACACUCUUAAAGGGAGUGCUCCUAAUCUCAGUUUGUUACCUGUAUAAAAGGCACCUGUCCACAGAAGCAAUCAAUCAAUCAGAUUCCAAACUCUCCACCAUGGCCAAGACCAAAGAGCUCUCCAAUGAUGUCAGGGACAAGAUUGUAGACCUACACAAGGCUGGAAUGGGCAACAAGACCAUCGCCAAGCAGCUUGGUGAGAAGGUGACAACAGUUGGUGCUAUUAUUCGCAAAUGGAAGAAACACAAAAGGACUGUCAAUCUCCCUCGGCCUUGGGCUCCAUGCAAGAUCUCACCUCGUGGAGUUGCAAUGAUCAUGAGAACGGUGAGGAAUCAGCCCAGAACUACACGGGAGGAUCUUGUCAAUGAUCUCAAGGCAGCUGGGACCAUAGUCACCAAGAAAACAAUUGGUAACACACUACGCCGUGAAGGACUGAAAUCCUGCAGCGCCCGCAAGGUCCCCCAGCUCAAGAAAGCACAUAUACAUGCCGGUCUGAAGUUUGCCAAUGAACAUCUGAAUGAUUGAGAGGAGAACUGGGUGAAAUUGUUGUGGUCAGAUGAGACCAAAAUGGAGCUCUUUGGCAUCAACUCAACUCGCCGUGUUUGGAGGAGGAGGAAUGCUGCCUAUGACCCCAAGAACACCAUCCCCACCGUCAAACAUGGAGGUGGAAACAUUAUGCUUUGGGGGUGUUUUCUGCUAAGGGGACAGGACAACUUCACUGCAUCAAAGGGACGAUGGACGGGGCCAUGUACCGUCAAAUCUUGGGUGAGAACCUCCUUCCCUCAGCCAGGGCAUUGAAAAUGGGUUGUGGAUGGGUAUUCCAGCAUGACAAUGACCCAAAACACACGGCCAAGGCAACAAAGGAGUGGCUCAAGAAGAAGUACAUUAAGGUCCUGGAGUGGCCUAGCCAGUCUCCAGACAUUAAUCCCAUAGAAAAUCUGUGGAGGGAGCUGAAGGUUCGAGUUGCCAAACGUCAGCCUCGAAACCUUAAUGACUUGGAGAAGAUCUGCAAAGAGGAGUGUGACAAAAUCCCUCCUGAGAUGUGUGCAAACCUGGUGGAGAACUACAAGAAACGUCUGACCUCUGUGAUUGCCAACAAGGGUUUUGCCACCAAGUACUAAGUCAUGUUUUGCAGAGGGGUCAAAUACUUAUUUCCCUCAUUAAAAUGCAAAUCAAUGUAUAACAUUUUUGACAUGCGUUUUUCUGGAUUUUGUUGUUGUUAUUCUGUCUCUCACUGUUCAAAUAAACCUACCAUUAAAAUUAUAGACUUAUCAUUUCUUUGUCAGUGGGAUAACGUACAAAAUCAGCAGGGGAUCAAAUACUUUUUUCCCUCACUGUGUGUAUAUAUAUAUAACACACACUACCGUUCAAAAGUUUGUGGUCACUUCGAAAUGUCCUUGUUUUCAAAAGAAAAGCAAUUUUUUUGUAGCUGGAAACGGCAGAUUUUUAAUUUAUCUACAUAGUCGUACAGAGGCCCAUUAUCAGCAACCAUCAGUCCUGUGUUCCAAUGGCAUGUUGUGUUUGCUAAUCCAAGUUUAUCAUUUUAAAAGGCUAAUUGAUCAUUAGAAAACCCUUUUGCAAUUAUGUUAGCACAGCUGAAAACAGUUGUGCUGAUUUUAAAGAAGCAAUAAAACUGGCCUUCUUUAGACUAGUUGAGUAUCUGGAGCAGCAAUUGUGAGUUUGAUUAUAGGCUCAAAAUGGCCAGUAACAAAGAACUUUCUUCUGAAGCUCGUCAGUCUAUUCUUGUUCUGAGAAAUGAAGGCUAUUCCAUGCGAGAAAUUGCCAAGAAACUGAAGAUCUCGUACAACGCUGUGUACUACUCCCUUCACAGAACAGCGCAAACUGGCUCUAACCAGAAUAGAAAGAGGAGUGGGAGGCCCCGGUGCACAACUGAGCAAGAAGACAAAUGCAUUAGUGUCUAGUUUGAGAAACACGCGCCUCACAGGUCCUCAACUGGCAGCUUCAUUAAAUAAUACCCGCAAAACACCAGUCUCAACGUCAACAGUGAAGAGGCGACUCCAGGAUGCUGACCUUCUAGGCAGAGUUGCAAAGAAAAAGCCAUAUCUGAGACUGGCCAAUAAAAAGAAAAGAUUAAGAUGGGCAAAAUAACACAGACACUGGACAGAUUAAUCGAAGUUUGAGGUGUUUGGAUCACAAAGAAGAACAUUUGUGAGACGCAGACCAAAUGAAAAGAUGCUGGAGGGGUGCUUGAUGCCAUCUGUCAAGCAUGGUGGAGGCAAUGUGAUGGUCUGGGAGUGCCUUGGUGGUGGUAAAGUGGGAGAUUUGUACAGUGUAAAAGGGAACUUGAAGGAAGGCUAUCACUCCAUUUUGCAACGCCAUGCCAUGCCAUACACUGUGUACGGCUCUUGAUUGGAGCUAAUUUCCACCUACAACAUUACAAAGACUCAAAGCACAGCUCCAAACUAUGCAAGAACUAUUUAGGGAAGAAGGAGUCAGCUGGUAUACUGUCUAUAAUGGAGUGGCCAGCACAGUCACCUGAUCUCAACCCUAUUGAGCUGUUGUGGGAGCAGCUUGACCGUAAGAAGUGCCCAUCAAGCCAAUCCAAUUUGUGGGAGGUGCUUCAGGAAGCAUGGGGUGAAAUCUCUUCAGAUUACCGCAACAAAUUGACAACUAGAAUGCCAAAGGUCUGCAAUUGCUGCAAAUGGAGGAUUCUUUGACGAAAGCAAAGUUUGAAGGACACAAUUAUUAUUUAUAUAAAAAAUCAUUAUUUCUAACCUUGUCAAUGACUAUGACAAUGUGUAUAUAUAUAUAUAUAUCUAUCUAUAUAAAAAAAAAAAAUAUUAUUAUUUUUUUUUUUUUUCAUACUUUGUAUUCUGUUUUCUUGCUUUUGCUGGCUGGUGUCAGACUGAAACGCUUCUAAAAAAUCCCACUACCUCCUAACGAGCCAUCAAACUGGCAAAACGUCAAUACAUGACUAAGAACAAAUCCUACGAUGCCUGCUCUGACGCUCGUCGGAUGUAGCGGGGCUUGCAAACUAUCAUGGAUUACAAAGGUAAACCCAGCCGCGAGCUGCCCAGUGACGUACUAGAUGAGCUCGCUUCGAGGCAAUCAACACUGAACCAUGAAUGAGAGCACCAGCUGUUCCGGGUGACUGUGUGAUCACACUCUGCGUAGCCGAUGUGAGUUAGACCUUUAAACAGGUUAAUACUCACAAGGCCGCAGGGCCAGACAGAUUACUAGGAUGCGUGCUCGGAGCAUGCGCUGUCCAGCUGGCAAGUGCCUUUACUGACGUUUUCAACCUCUCCCUGACCCAGUCUGUAAUACCUACAUGUUUCAAGCAGACCACCAUGGUCCCUGUGCCCAAGAACGCCAAAGUAACAUGUCUAAGUGAUUAUCGCCACGUAGCACUCACAUCUGUAGUCAUGAAAUGCUUUGAAGGUCAUAGGUCACAUCAACACAAUCAUCCCAGACACCUUGGACCCACUCCAGUUGGCAUACUGUCCCAACAGAUCCACAGGUGAUGCAAUCUCUAUUGCACUCCACUCUGCCCUCUUCCACCUGGACAAGAACACCAUUGUGAGAAUGCUGUUCAGCGUUCAACACCAUAGUACCCUCUGAACUCAUCACAAAGCUAAGGAUCCAGGGACUGAAAACCUCCGUCUGCAACUGGAUCACGGACUUCCUGACGGGCCGCCCCCCGGGUGGUGAGGGUAGGCAACAACACAUCCGCAACGUUGACCCUCAACACGGGGGCCCCUCAGGGGUGUGUGCUUAGUCCCCUCCUCUACUCCCUGUUCACCCACGACCGCGUGGCCGCGAACGACUCCCAACACAUUCAUUAAGUGUUUUAUUCAAUACCAGUCAAAAGUUUGGACACACCUACUCAUUCAAGGGAUUUUCUUUAUUUUUACUAUUUUCUACAUUGUAGAAUAAUAGUGAAGACAUCAAAACGAUGAAAAGUGUUAAACAAAUCAAAAUAUAUUUUAUAUUUGAGAUUCUUCAAAUAGCCACCCUUUGCCUUGAUGACAGCUUUGCACACUCUUGGCAUUCUCUUAACCAGCUUCAUGAGGUAGUCACCUGGAAUGCAUUUCAAUUAACAGGUGUACCUUCUUAUAAGUUAAUUUGUGGAAUUUCUUUCCUUAAUGCGUUUGAGCCAGUCAGUUGUGUUGUGAAGAUACAGAAGAUAGCCAUAUUUGGUAAAAUACCAAGUCCAUAUUAUGGCAAGAACAGCUCAAAUAAGCAAAGAGAAAUGACAGUCCAUCAUUACUUUAAGACAUGAAGGUCAGUCAAUACGGAAAAUGUCAAGAACUUUGAAAGUUCUUCAAUUGCAGUCGCAAAAAACAUCAAGCGCUAUGAUGAAACUGGCUCUCAUGAGGACCGCGACAGGAAUGGAAGAUCCAGAGUUACCUCUGCUUUAGAGGAUAAGUUCAUUAGAGUUACCAGCCUCUGAAAUUGCAACCCAAAUAAAUGCUUCACAGAGUUCAAGUAACAGACACAUCUCAACAUCAACUGUUCAGAGGAGACUAAGCGAAUCAGGCCUUUAUGGUCGAAUUGCUGCAAAGAAACCACAACGAAAGAUCACAAAUAAGAAGAAGAGACCUGCUUGGGCCCAGAAACAUGAGCAAUGGACAUUAGACCGGUGGAAAUGUGUCAUUUGGUCUGGAAUCCAAAUCUGAGAUUUUUGGUUCCAACCGCCGUGUCUUUGUGAGACGCGGUGUGGGUGAACGGAUUAUCUCCGCAUGUGUAUUUCCCACCGUAAAGCAUGGAGGAGGUGUUAUGGUGUGGGGGUGCUCUGCUGGUGACAUUGUCUGAUUGAUUUAGAAUUCAAGGCACACUUAACCAGCAUGGCUACCACAGCAUUCUACAGCUCUACACCAUCCCAUCUGGUUUGGGCUUAGGGUUGUUUUUCAACAGGAAAAUGACCCAACACACCUCCAGGCUGUGUAAGGGCUAUUUUAUCAAGAAGAAGUAUGUGGACACCUGGUCGUCGAACAUCUCAUUCCAAAAUCAUGGGCAGUAAUAUGGAGUUGGUCCCCCCUUUGCUGCUUUAACAGCCUCCGCUCUUUUGGGAAGGCUUUCCACUAGAUUUUGGAACAUUGUUGCGGGGACUUGUUUCCAUUCAGCCAAAAGCAUUUAGUGAGGUCGGGCACUGAUGUCAAGAUCGGUGUGGAAGAACUUGACUGGCCUGCACAGAGCCCUGACCUCAACCCCAUCGAACACCUUUGAGAUGAAUUGUAACGCCGGUUGCAAGCUUUUUAUUACUUUUAUUAUUAUUAUUAUGUGUUAUUACUUUACUAUUUUUUCUCUAUUUUCUUUUUUUCCCGACAUUUUUGGGAAGGGCCCAUAAGUAAGCAUUUCACUCUUAGUCUACACCUUUCCUUUACCGUUUGUUUACGAAGCAUCUGACGAAUAACAUUUGAUUUAAACAGCACAAUGAUGUUUGUUGUCCAUUGUCUUUACUUAGUUGUUUAGCACAGUUAACAUAAUUUAUUAUUUUCUAUAGAUGUUCUAUUCUUGUUCCACCAGCCAUAUUGUCUCUGUGUUCUGUUGUAUGCCUGUGUGUCUGUCUUGUCCUUUUAUGUGACUUAUGCUGGUGACUAAUCCAAUUUCCUCUUUUGGGAUCAAUAAAGUUUAUUUAACAGUAGAUGCAUUUCCAAUCCUGUGUCAUCCCGGUUUCAGUUGUUCCCAUCUCAUCAUUGAGCAUGGCACCAAGAGGAAGUCCAUGCCGUCUCCUGCCCACGCCCCGGCCAAAAAGAAGCGAGCUUCCAUGUUGGGCAGCCCUUCCCAAGAAGCAGGCUUCUCUCUUGGGGGACCAGCCACUGACAAAGAUGGUACGUAAAGGAUUCAAUUUCAUCUCAUCAUAAUGUUACAUUGGUUUAUGUGUGUUGUUUACUAAUGACUAUAACGCAAAUGUCAGUUACCGUAUGUAUUGUCUGCUAUAACGUGUUGUUAUAGCAAUGUGCAGUUUUUCAUGUUCAUUACCAUGUUAAUAUUAUUCGUUCACCUCGAUUGUUUCAUUUACCCCUCAUGCAAUACCACUUGGCUGGAUCUAGAGCAAGGAGCGAGUGAAGGAGGGAGAGGUAUUGCCAGCAGUGAAAAUAGCACAACAAGAUCAGACAAACUUGUCAAGCGUUGUUUAAUUUCAAAGAAUGAAAGGAACAUAUUUGUGAGAGAUUUAGGCUAAAUUAGCUUCUAUCUAAGGUCUAACUUCGGUACUUAACUGACUAGUUUCUGUUCAGCUAGUGUUGGCCCUCUUGAUCCUAAUGAGGUUAGAUGUCUGAGCUUGUUGUUCUAUUUCUGUUUUUGUAGGUGGCUUUUCUCCCAGUGGCUUUUCUCAUUCAAGAUUGUUAGGGUGUGAAAAUGUGCAGUGUAAGAUGUAUGUCUUUUGUUGUUUGUGAUUAUCAGCUGAUUUUAAAUGUUAACACACCUAGAACUGUUGAAAGUGAUGCACAGUCAAUACUAAUUUGGCUUACUGUGUUGCAGAUGUUGAGGACAAUUCGCAAACAGAGUCAAUAAGUCGGUAAGCAAUGAUCAUCUUAGCCUCGUUCGACCAUCCUGAUCUCGCGAGCUUACGUUCUGUUUCGCUUCACGGAUGAAGUGAAACCAAAGCGCAGUGGUCAGGAUGGUGGAACAGGCUACAUCUUCUCUGAUAUAGUAAGUACAUUUGCACAACCAUGAACCUCAUUACUUCUCUUCAUCAAAUUGACUUACAUUUUAGGGCGUCAAAAAGUGCGGCUGACGAUUCCUGGGCAUCCUCAGAUGAACAGGACGAAUUGGAUAUAACCCCAAAGGUCUUUAUGAUGAAUCCAUUAUUUGCACAACCAUCUGUUGAUUCAUUUUGAGUUUGAUUAGCUAUAUGAUUUCCCUUAUCUCACAGAAACAUCCCAAGCUAAACCUAAAGAAACUGAUGAAUGCCUCCAAAAAGGGAAAGAAUGACGGUAAUAAUUUAAGUUUGUUCACGUAUUAGUAACCCUCUGUUAGUCUGUGGCUGUGUAGUAACAUAUCACCCCUGCCCUGUAGCUGUACCCGUAACCGAUCUCGACAAGCCAUGGAGCGGCCCUGAGUCCGAGAGUGAGAACCGAGUCCAGAGAAACCCAUCCCUCCCCAAGGCUUUCCCACCCAGCAGCGCCCCCCAGCACCUAGUCUCCCCCUCACCCGCUGCCUCCUUUACCUCCAAACCUCCCCAGAUGACCUCCACCCCUCUCCAGAGUUCCUGGAAGGUAAUGUAGUGUAGCUAACACUGUGGUAACUUGAGCUUCUGGGUGACACCUUUCUCUCUAUUCUCUCCCCUUUCUCCUAUUAUUCAUCCAUUAACACAUUUACAAGCAGAAGGCGACGGAGUGGAGCUGGAGGAGACUAAGGGGAGUGAGCUGCCCUCCGAGCAGCCGUCUGGUAGUAAGGCGAGAGGUAGAGACUCACCUGAGGAAAGCCCUGAGAGAGAGGAUGAUGAUGAUGAAGAUGAUGAUGACGAAGAUGAAGACGAUGAAGACUACGAGGAUGAUGACGAUGAUGAAGAUGAUGAUGAUGAAGAUCCAGAGGAAGAUGAGGAGGACGAUGAGGAGGACGAAGAUGACUAUGAUGAAGAGCAGGAAGGUGAAGAGGAGGAAGAGUGUGACGUUACUGUGACUUUGGUCAAAGCAGAAGGAAUUGGAGCAGAGGAAUUGCUCAAAACGUCCAAUGCUGAAGCUGUUGAUAUUGUUGAUGAGGAUGAUCAAACUAUGCCCGGUAUCGAGGUUUCUGAUACUGUAGUAGCUGGUUCAGAGCAUGUAGAUACAGCUGGAGAGAUGGGGGCUCCUGAGAAUGUUUCCAAUGCGGAGAGCCAAGCCAAUGAGAGAAUGGAUGCUGAGAUUCUAGUUGGAACAUCAAACUAUGGUGUCCUAGUGACUCUAGAUGUAGAAGAGGACUGUGUGGUGUCAGCCAUCAGGGUAGAGUCCAGGUUUUCGGAUGAAGAGGACAGUUUAGGUAAUGAGCUAAAUGGGACAUCAGAUAAUAAGUUUGUUCCAGAGCCAGGUUCGCCGGCAGAGUCCAAGACUCCCCCACACAGCACAGGAAUUCCUCCAUCACAGAGAAACGUAGAAGAUUUUGAUGAUGAAGAAGGGAUUGGUGAUGAAGAUGCACCUGCAGACUCCUGGAGUGAUGAGGCAAAACCUAUUGCUGAUGAUGAAGAAGAUAAUAUCAGAGAAACUUUAGAUCAUACCUCAACUCUUGGGGAGCCAAACAACACAAGUGCAGUUUCUCAGGGUGAAACGCAUAGGCCAAGAUCUUCAGACGAUUCUUUUGAUUCCAAAGAUGAUGAUGAUGAUAAUGAUGACAUUGCUAAACCAAAGGUAGAUAAACGCAAAUCCUCAUGGUAUUCCCAUUCAGAUGAAAAUGACAAAGACAAUGGUGCCUCACCCACUAAAGAAGAUGAUGAUGAUGAUAAUGAGCUAAAUGAGGAUUUUGUUCAAUCAAAGGUAGAUACAUUCAAGUCUUUGACAUGGGAUUCCCCAUCAGAUGAAAAUGACAAAGUCAAUGGUGCCUCAACCACUAAAGAAGAUGACGAUGAGGUAAUUGAUGUGAUUCCCCAUCUUGAAGGAGAAGGUCUAAGAUCAGAUUUCCAGCUAGAACCAUCAACCUCCCCCGUACAAAGCAUAUCACCAAAGCGCAUCUCACUAAAACCAAAGGUAGAUGAACCCAAGUCCUCCUGGGAUUCUUCAUCAGAUGACAAUGACAAAAAAGGUGCCUCACCCAGUAGAGAUGGAUGUUUAGAGAUUCAUGAUUCAGGUAAGUUGUCACCAAGCCUGAGUGUCGCAUCACCAAGAAUCCGGGCAGAGGACCAACAGCGUUCUGAUGAUUCUUGGGAAGACAAAGAUGUGGUAGAUGAAGUUGAGGAGAUGCCAAAUGACGAUGCCUCUCCUGCAGAGUCUCCAGAACCAGGAGAGAAAAAGGCUGCCAUUAAAGAUUCAUUUGAUGAUGAUUUACCAGGAAUUGGUGAACAAGUUGAGGAUAAAAAGAUUGAUGAUGAUGAUGGUUGGGAUGAUGAUGAUGAUGACUAUGUGAAUGGGGAUAUAGCAGCUACAGGGUCUCCAGAACCUGAAGAAGCUAUUUCUCCCAUUCAACACAAGACAGACGAGAACUCUCCUCGUAAAUGGACAAGCCCUCCAAGGUCCCCCAGAAGAGAGAUAAAGUACAUGGACAAUUUGGAGAGAGGGCCAACUCCAAGAGACUUGCUAUCACCAAUAACCAGGCCUAUGAGUGCGUUAUCCAGGCCUACUACUGCAAACGAGGAGAUGUUAAAUGAAGGGGCUGGUGAACUGGAUCUAUCUCAACCCCAAAAGGAUGUUGAGUCAGAUGAGUCAAUUCCUGUGUCAAUGAUUGAUGAAGACUUUGAAGAUGAUUGGCAGGAUGGAAAAGAGAUGGCAGACGACAAGGGAGAGGAUUAUGACAUGAGUGACAAAGACGAAGAGAGAAGCGAAGACACUGACAGCCAAGACCAAAAACUGCAAUACGAUUUUGCCAGCGGUACUAUCAAAGUUCCUGAUGAGGGAAACGAUUCUGAUAACACACUAGGAGAAGAUGACAUCGAGAGCAUUGGUGAGAAGGAUGAUGCGAAAUCAGGUAGACCUCCAGUGACACCUAUCAAACACAGUCCAGAGACUAGUAAAAUGUUUGGAAAUACUUCAAGUGAAGACGAGGCUGCCUCAGACGCUGAUUCCGAGGAUGACCCAAAGCCUGAUGCUAUGAAUGCUGCUCACACUCCAAUAGAGGAUAUAGAUGAAAUCUAUGACGAACAAGGUGGACUUGACCAGGAGACUACUGACCAGAAUUACCCUGGUGAAACUCAUGAGGACAAACCUGAGAAAGAUGACGUGGAGCUACAGAGUACCCACAGCAAAGACUGUACUUAUGUCGCUGCUGUUCAGCAGCAUGAGUCUGACAUGAGCGAUGGAUUUUCAGAUCAAGAGGAAGAAUUACCUCAAACAGACAUUGAUGAUGUCGAUGUUGAUUCACCCUUCGAGGAUGAGCCAGAGUAUGUUGAAAGGUCAACAUUAGAGGUCAGAGACAAUAAAGACCCAGUCAAAGGCAUCAAUCUGCCUAUCAAACGGGUAAGAGUUAUAGGUGGUGAGUUAUAGUACAACAACUAGGCUUUAGGCAUGUAGUUCAAUGAUUUUCAAACCCAAACCAAUAUUAGAUAUAUUUGCUGUGGGAAACUAUUUAGUCUUCUUACUGUGAGAAUAAACUGUAUAAUCAUCAUCAGACAGGUGCUUGUUGCUGUUAACAGAGCCUUAACAAAUUAUUUUCUCCACUCAGGAAAAAGAUUUCACAGAGGAUGAAGAAGAUGAGGAGGAGGAGGAAGACAGAGGUGGUGAUGGAGAAGAUGAGGAAGAGAAAAGCUACAAGGAGGAGAUGGAUAAGGGAAAGACAAAAUAUCAGCCAGAAGAGGAAAAAGACGAUCCCCUUGUUGAUGAUUCACCAGUCCUAGGAAGUGAAGACACCUCCAAAGAAAAACAAAGAGGUAACUUGCUAAAUCUAGAGAUAAAAAUCUCUGUCCAGAGAGUACUUUACUACAAAAAAAAUAAAAAUAGAAAAUAUGCAACAUUUCAAAACAAUUCCUCCUUAGAUUUCCUUUCUGAGUUGGGUCUGGAGAAGGGAGAUGAUGAGGAAGACUCAUGGGACACUGAGGUACUGUAAAAAACAAGGAAUCUUUUUGGACUUCCUGGUAGCAUUGGCCAAUGGCCAUACUGUCAGAUUUACUAACAGACAAACUCCUCUUCCAGUCUGGGUCUGGCAGUCCCAGAAAACAGCAUGGCCGAGAUCCUGCAAAGGUGCCACAUGUUUCCAUUAUUUCAGAGGAGAACAAAGAAGGUAAUUCUCAUUCUCACAUUUAUCUGUAAAUGUUUUAACCCCAUCAGCACUUGAUGAUCUCUAAGCAAAAUUAUGGAUGACCGCCAUUAUAGCAUGCUUUCUUUGCGAUCAUUCCAGCUAUCAUUUGAUGCUCCAAGUAUGACUAUCCUGCAAAAAAUAGUAACAUUUUUGUGGCAGGUAGAUAAAAAAAAAUACCUGCCAAAAUAUUUUUUGUUGUUGCAUUAAUUACACCAAAAAAUUAAAAUCAUGCUAAUGUUUCUAAAACAAGGAAUGCCUUUCUAUUAAGAACUAAUGUGGUAUAUUGUUAUAUUUAAUGUAAUAUUUGUGACCAAAAUAUCACAGAUGAGACCAAACAUUUAUGGUUACUGUGGUAAUGGGGCCACUUGAGUCUUCACUUGUGCCUGUGAGAAUCUGAUUAGUAGAGGCCUAUGAUGUUUAUUUUUUUCGCUAGCAGUGGAAGCAGACUCCAAAAUUGAAAAACAACCUAACUUGUGAACAAAAUCAUGUAAAUAUCCAAGAAACACGAGGAUAAAGUCUCACUUUAGUAGCUAGACCAGCUUUUAUGCCUGUGCCCAUAGAGCCCCACAGUGGAGGUGUCAUAAUACCCAUAACACUUAGCGGUCAAACAGGGAAAUGGUUCCUAUCGUUUUUCCACCAUUCAUUUUACCCAUAGGGAAUUUUAGAAACACUUAAAAUAAGAGCUGUGUUUCGUGUAAGCUUACCCUGGUGAGACGUUUUGAUAACCAUGUAAAUCUCUCUCGGACAAUUUGAGUUUUAUCAAUAUAUUCGGCUCUAUAUACUCUCAGAUUCGAAAAUGAUAAAUAGCAUCAAAGUAGACAUCAUGCAAGACUACAAAUCCCUGCAAGCUCCCUGCAUGUCAUCUCUAUCUGACAUAUUUGCUAACAGGUAUUGUGUCAAUUUAGAAGUUGCUCAAGACAGUUUAUGGAAUUUUCAAUUUAAAUACAUUUAGCCAAUUUAUUCAUUACUAAUUUUAGCUAACAUUAGAUAGUUAAUCCAGAGAUUCUUACCUUUGCCUCAAUUCGUCAGUCUCAUCCAGAUCAUCAUGGUGUUUGUAGUUCUUUAUGAUAACCACAUUAGCAGCUAAUUAGCAUUUCAUUUUGGGGGGGUAAAUACAGGCGAAGAUAUUGACGUAAUUUCCUGUCACAAACUCUGAUACCGCCUGUGCCUCGACCUGUUGCUUCGGCCUGUUUCCGAAGUUUUACUUUGUUUUAUUUAAAUGUUAUAAGUGUUUGUGUCAACACCUGCUAGCUAGGUUGCAAUGGAGCCCGCUUCACCUGGAAAAGCUAACAAACGUUUCCAGCACUGUAGAAGCUGUGUUUAUUACGCUCUUGUCCGGGACAAUAUUGACAAUCCGGAGUUCCAAUGCGGCAAUUGUUUUGCUAGCGAAGGAUUACAGGUAUGAGGUGGCUAUGCAUAGCAAGCAAAUCUAAGUUCUGCGCGAAUUUAUGGGGAAAACGUAAAUCAUAACUUUCUCGUUCUCAAUUCCUAUGGCUGGGCGCCGCACGGGCCUGAUGGAUGUUUCCCCGCCUUGUCAUCUGUCCCUAUCUGAAUGGCCUGUGCUACAUGGAACUUGCCCGCCAAGGAAGUCGUCUCCAUCUGCUUCUCCUCCAUCUUGUAAUGAAGUAGACAGAGAACAGCAAGAAGAUUGUUCCAAUCAGCGCUUGUCCCAUGUCACAAGUCGUGGAAACCAAAGGCAGCAGCAUGCUGCUAAGCGGACGGGAGUGACUGCGACAGGUUCGGAGCAGAUUGACAUAAGGAAUAGCUUCGCUGCAUUGCUGCCUGAUCUACCUGCACCUUCAUCGCUGGGAUUGCCUGUGUCUGCGAUGGCGGUGCUGACUCCAAGUACGCUGACUCCAGCAGCGGCUUCGUCGUCAAGUUCGGCUCCUUUCCCUCUCUCUGGAUCUGACGGGGCACUGCCUGCUGUGGGAGGUCUGGACUUGACACCGGGAGCAGCGGACGUACGCUAUCCUGCUUCUCGUGGAACCGUGCAAGGUUCAAUGAAUUGUUUGAACGGUAGGAAUGGGCAGAUUUCUCUAUUCCCUUCUCCGGACAUUGUAUUGGGCAGUUCAAUGGUGAGAAAUAUCUCAGUCCCUGGAGCAAAAACCUUGUGCUUUCCAGGAGCACGAUUACAGGACAUCCAUAAACUGCUCCCAAACAUUUUAAACCAGCAUCAGGAAAUGGAGUCUAGUUCAUGUGGGAAUCAAUUACAUUAUGAUGGGCAUCUCAGAACAGCUGAAUAUGGAUUUUAAAGAACUGAUUUGGUCACUGCUUGACACCAACAAAUGCCCCAUAAUAUCUGGCCCACUGCCCUCCCUAAAUCGUGGUAUUGAACAUUUCAGCAGACUUUUUUAGCCCUCCAUAACUGGCUACGAGACUAUUGCAGCUCUGUGGGUGUAACAUUUAUUGACAAUUUUGAUACCUUCUGGAAACCAAGCUCGUAUUAUAAGGAGGAUAAUAAUAAAUAAUAUGCCAUUUAGCAGACGCUUUUAUCCAAAGCGACUUACAGUCAUGCGUGCAUACUUUUUUUUUUUUGUGUAUGGGUGGUCCCGGGGAUCGAACCCACUACCUUGGCGUUACAAGCGCCGUGCUCUACCAAAUGAGCUACAGAGGACCACCCAAAUCAUUUGGGUUCCUGGAUCCUUUCACAGCAUUAUAGUCUCCUGAGUGGCGCAGUGGUCUAAGGCACUGCAUCGCAGUGCUAACUGUGCCACUAGAUCCUGGUUCGAAUCCAGGCUCUGUCGCAGCCGGCCGUGACCGGGAGACUCAUGGGCGGCGCACAAUUGGACCAGCGUCGUCCAGGGUAGGGGAGGGAAUGGCCGGCAGGGAUGUAGCUCAGUUGAUAGAGCAUGGCGUUUGCAACGCCAGGGUUGUGGGUUCGAUUCCCACGGGGGGCCAGUAUAAAAAACAUAUGUAUUCACUAACUGUAAGUCGCUCUGGAUAAGAGCGUCUGCUAAAUGACUAAAAUGUAAAUAUAAAUUAUAAGGCUGCGUUGAGACAAUGACUUAACAAUGACCCCAGCUCAGUUAAUCCCUACCAUUGUGUCACUAAAUUGUCAUAAUGCUUCAGCAAAUGUAUUAUCCCAGGGGCAUUGGAAGACACAAUGUAAGUAACCUAAUUUAUGGCCAUCUAACUGCCCUUAAUGCCUCUGCUGAUCCCACAGCUAUUGUAUGCAGUAAUCAUGUGCCUAUGAACCAGAGUAAUACUGUUAGCACUGAGGCAGUGUGCCCUAGUAGGAAGUCCACUGUGUGCAGCUCACCCUGCACUAACAUAAAUAGCAUGAGCAUGUCUACAAUCAAGCAUCCUAAUGAAGAUAUGGCAAUAUCGUCCGCUAUUAUCCUGGGAGGAUUUGACAGCAUAGCUCCACUUGUGUCAUGACUGCAACGUUGAAGGACCUGAGAAAUUAAUGUUCAUCACUCAUCACACUGUCAUAAAAAAAAUAUAUAAAAGUCUUAAAACAAGUUUUAACAGGAUUCCUAGGACCUUUUCUGAGACUCUGUGGAUACGGACCCAGAGCUGUUUUGGUAUGCUCGUCCAUUCCCCUAACCACCUACUGUCUCUGUAUUAACCAUGAUCUCAUCUGCAUGAGAGACUAAAACUAUUCUGGCUUCAUUUAGCACGGCCAAGCCAGCUUAUCCAACUGUACCGGAGCCUUGUGCUGUCCUCCUGUCUGUUGAUUAGCUCCUGUGCCCUCUCAGCCAAUCACAAUGUUUCACCACAUUCCCAUUUGUUCUCUUGCAGUUUUAAGAAAUGAUGAUAAUGGUGAGGAUGCCGACAAUGUCCCAGAAAAGACGGUGAGUUCAGACGUCAGGAAAACGCUCAAGAAAGUUAUGAGCCACAAUUCUUGGUGUGAAAUGUAACAAUGUUUGCCUCUUGGUCUUAACAGCCAGAGAAAAUCAAAAGGGAAACUCUGUCUAUCUUGACCAAGCUUGUACUGUCCAAAAAAGAUGCUGACAAAAAGACUGGUAAGCAAAGGUUUUUUAGUGCUUUAGUAUUUAUUAAUGUCAAUUUGAUGUAUUAUAUACUGUAAAAAUAAGCCCUUCCAUUUGUGCAACAUUUUCCCAAAUUCUCUUCCACAGACAUAAUGGAGGAGCUUGGGUUGGGUGAUGUUGAUGAUCUUGAAGGUAACUUCACAUCUAAAUUAGUGAAUUUACCACGUUCAAUACCUUGAGUACUAACUCUAUCAACCAUAUAAUUCAUGUUCACAAUUUCUUUCUUUCAUUUAACACUUUUAAGAAGCUAAAAAAAAUCAAGCAGGUCAGUGCAUACAUCCAGUAGGAAUAGAUUAAAUGUUUUGUGAUUCUGUAUAGCUUUUCUAUUUGCAGUGCUACUUCGCGGUCUGAAGUUAUUGACACCCUUGUUGAAGAUGAGCAAUAAUGACUGUAUAAAAUAAAUAAUUCAAAUACUGAGCUAUAUGGUAUGCAAAAAAAAAGGGGAAAUUAUAUUAAUGUGGAUGCUACCAUGAUUACGGAUAAUCCUGAAUGAAUUGUGAAUAAUGAUGAGUGAAAAAGUUAGAGGGUCAAAGAUCAUACCCCCAAGACAUGCUAACCUCCCCUGUCAUUGGUAAUGGUGAGAUGUUAGCAUGUCUUGAGGGUAUGAUCUUUGAUCCUCUGUAACUUUCUCACUAUUAUCAUUAUUCACGAUUCAUUCAGGAUUAUCCGCAAUCAAGAUAGCAUCCACAUUAAUGUAGUGUUUAGAAGCAUAUUAUUUUCUUAUUUACAAUUAAAGUCACUCCAAAAUGACAAUGCAUUAUUUACCAUUCAUUUCUAUUGGGCACAAAAUAAUCUGAGAAACAACCAAAACGAACUGCAAAUGCAUCCAACAAGUUUUAAGAGUCACAAGCUUGAUGUAGUCAUUGCGUGCUAGGAAUAUGGGUCCAAAUACUAAACUUUUGACUACUUUAUUUAUAAGAAUCUUUAGGGUUGUCAAUAAUUUUGACCCUUACCUUUUUGAGAGAAAAAAAGUAUUGUUAAGCAAAAUAUCUUUCUCUGAGCAAUUGUAUUAGAAUAAAAUAAUAUUAUUUCCCCAUUUUUUUUGGCAUAGAAUAUAGCUCAGUAUUUAAAUUAUUUAUUUUAUACAGUCAUUAUUGCUUAUCUUUAUCAAGUGUGUCAAUAAUUUCAGACCCCACUGUAGAUUGGGGGUAAGGCCCUGCGUUAGACUAGAAACAGGAGAUAGACUCUUGCUAUGAGCUGUUCCGGCUCGAACAAGCCAAGGCUCUUGGAAGGCUACUUACUUUGCUCAAAUUGAUCCCCUCAAACAUGCUUAUUGUCUGACUGUUGUCUCCUGUGUUACUGGUGCAGAUGCCUCUGAUUGGGACACGGCCAGCACCGCUAGCAGGAGAACCCUCCCCGGCCACAGAGGGCCCUCCCCCAGUGGCGAGGAGCUGAGGGAGGAGGCCUCUUCCCGAUCCCCCAUCCUUCUGCCGGCUGUCCAGGAGCAGGAGCCAGACAUCCCAGAUACAGAUACAGCAGCAAUAGCUGAGAGGGGCGGUCCCAAGGAGCAGAUACACUCUCUUUCGGACAGACCCCUCCCACUGGCCAGCCCGCGCUCCCUUACCCCUCAAACCCAACUCCAGCCCCAGCCCCGUGCUAGGAAGAUGCUGCUCCAGAGAACAGAGAGUGAGGAAGGUAAGGGAGUAAGGAGAUUAUAGAUACUGCCUGUACUUUUGAGUGUAUUUCUGGCUAACUUUAGAUAGGCUUUUUGCCCAUUGGCGCCAAGGAUGUAAGCAGUGCGUAAAUUCACUUUUUCUUCCUUGUUCUUAGACUUUGAUUGGGAUUCCGACCAUGUGACUACCUCGACCCCCAGCCCAGUCAGGACUGGGAAGCAAUUACCAAACAUAACAGAGACCGUCGCAGUGUUGAAACCUGGUGAGUGACCUAAAGUUGACCUAAUUAAUUAGCAUUGAUGAUGACUGUGACUAUUUGUGGACGUACGUCGGCUGCUGCUCUUGUUAAAACAGAUUCUCUCUUCCUGCAGAUAACCCUGUGCGUGAGCCCUCGCCAGUGAAGCAAGAGAGUGAGAGCAGUCCAGAGCCCGAGGAGCAGGCACAAGAGGUGGGGGCCUUAGUCAGGGAAUACCCUCUCCAGUUUACCUCAUCUCAUAUCCCCCCAAAUUGCGCCAUAUUCCUUGCUUUAAAAUAUAUCAAACGUUUUUACUUUACCACCUCUACCCUACCUCAUCACAUUGGCUACUUCAUAAUAGUGUAGUGUACAGUAUAUUCCCUAUCUUACAAUAUAGCCUAUCAUAUCCCCAGCAUAUUUACAAAUAAUCUCCAUCACCUCUACUGCAUCUAGUCUCUCAUCACCCACUACACCACUGCCUUAUGAACACCCUAUGUAGUCCCUAUCUAACCCAGUAGGCAAAACUAUACAGAACAAAAAUAUAAACGCAACAUGUAAAGUGUUGGUCCAAUUUUUCAUGAGCUGAAAUAAAAUAUCCCAGAAAUGUUCCAUAUGCACAAAAAGCUUAUUUCACUCAAAUGUGCACACAUUUCUCCUUUGCCAAGAUAAUCCAUCCACUUGACAGGUGUGGCAUAUCAAGAAGCUGAUUAAACAGCAUGAUCAUUACACAGGUGCAACUUGUGCUGGGGACAAUAAAAGGCACUCUAAAAUGUGCAGUUUUGUAACACAACACAAUGCCACAGAUGUCUCAAGUUUUGAGGGAGCAUGCAAUUGCUGACUGCAGGAAUGUCCACCAGAGCUGUUGCGUGAGAAUUAAAUGUCGUUUUAGAGAAUUUGGCAGUACGUCCAACCGGCCUCACAACCGCAGACCACGUGUAACCAUGCCAUUCCUCCACAUCUGGCUUCUUCACCUGCGGGAUCAUCUGAGACCAGCCACCCAGACAGCUGAUGAAACUGGGUUUGCGCAACCGAAGAAUUUCAUCACAAACUGUCAGAAACCGUCUCAGGAAAGCUCAUCUGAUCUGCGUGCUCGUUGUCCUCACCAGGGUCUUGACCUGACUGCAGUUCAGCGUCAUAACCGACUUCAGUGGGCAAAUGCUAAACUUCGAUGGCCACUGGCAAGCUGGAGAUGUGUGAUGAAGAUGAAUCUCGGUUUCAACUGUACCGGGCAGAUGGCAGACAGUGUGUAUGGUGUCAUGUGGGCGAGUGGGUUGCUGAUGUCAAUGUUGUGAACAGAGUGCCCCAUGGUGGCAGUGAGGUUAUGGUAUGGGAAGGCAUAAGCUACGGACAACGAACACAAUUGCAUUUUAUCGAUGGCAAUUUCAAUGCACAGAGAUACCGUGACGAGAUCCUGAGGACCAUUGUCGAGCCAUUCAUCUGCCGCCAUCACCUCAUUUUUCAGCAUGAUAAUGCACGGCCCAAUGGCGCAAGGAUCUGUACACAAUUCCUGGAAGCUGAAAAUGUCCCAGUUCUUCCAUGGUCUGCAUACUCACUGGACAUGUCACCCAUUGAGCAAUGUUUGGGAUGCUCUGGAUCGACGUGUACAACAGCGUAUUCCAGUUCCCGCCAAUGUCCAGCAACUUCGCACAGCCAUUGAAGAGGAGUGGGACAACAUUCCGCAUGCCACAAUCAACAGUUUGAGCAACUCUAUGCGAAGGAGAUGUGUCAUGCUGCAUGAGGCAAAUGGUGGUCACACCAGAUACUGACUGGUUUUCUGAUCCAUGCCCCUACUUUUUUUUAAAAGGUAUCUGUGACCAAUAGAUGCAUAUCUGUGUUCCCAGUCAUGUGAAAGCCAUAGAUUAAUUUAUUUUAGUUGACUGAUUUCCUUAUAUGAACUGUAACUCAGUAGAAUCGUUGAAAUUGUUACAUGUUGCUUUUAUAUUUUGGUUCAGUAUAGUUGCACUGACGUCAUUGUCAGGUUGUGUGUAGGCUGUAUAAGGAUGUUUUGUUAAUGUCUUGUUAGCAACCAAAUAAAUACCUCUUUAUCUGGUUGUAAUCUGGUUAUCUGACCAAAUAGGUAAAUAACCAAAAUAAGAUUAUUCCCCCCCUCCCCCCCAUCUGGUUUGAUCAGAGAUGGCUAUGUGACUAUAUGCGUAAGCCCUCACCGGUGCAGCAAGAGAUUGAGAGCAGUCCAGAGCCCGAGGAGCAGCCACAAGAGGUGGGGGCUUUUGUCAGGGAAUACCCUCUCCAGCUUACCUCAUCUCAUACCCCCCCAAAUCGCUACAAUCCCCAACUUUAAAUAGAUUUUAUUUUACCACCUCAACCCUGGAGAGUAGUAGAAUGGGCUCAACCAACUUGCGACGAGGUACAACCCAAAAAUAAUAUGAGCAUUUAGGAAGGAAUAGCCGAAACUCACACUCAUAAUUAAAAUCUUGAUCUAGAUAUUAAAAUCCAUAACCGUUGGGCCUUCAUAAGAACGAUCAUCUCUACCCUACCUCGUCACAUUUUGUACAUCAUAUAACUGUAGUGUACAGUAUAUCCCCUACCUUACAAUAUAGCCUAUCAUACACCUAGCACAGCUACAUUUCAUCCACAUCACCCAUCUCGUCUGCCAUCAUCCCCUUCACAACAGACUGGCUUAUGAACCAACUAUGUAGUCCCUCUCUCAACCAGUGGGCAAAACUAGUUUCAAUGAUGUCAUUAUGAUGUCAUUGGUUGCAUAAGGACAUUUUACCAACCCAAAAAAUAUGUAUUUAUCUCGUUGUAAACUGAUUAUCUGAACAGAUAAUAACCAAAAUAUGUAUUUUCUAUCUGGUUGUAACAAUGGCUAUAUGACUUCUCAUCUUCUCAACCAGAACCAGUUUACAAUCAGAAUAAUUACAUCAUUAAUACUUAAUGUGCCAAAUUUUGACUGCUGACUAUUUUAUGAAAUGUAUGAAAUAUUAGUCUGGUUAUUGUGGCAAAGUGGUACAAGUUUGAAUGUUACCUGCAUGCCCCUAAACACAAUUUGUUUUGAACGUUGGUGUUUUCAGUGUUUUUAUGAACAUUCAUGUUUUGUAGACUCUAAUUGUAGAUCCCAUUGUAGGCGUCCGUGUUAACACCAUUUCCUUUGUCUACUCAUGCCAUCAAAGGAGAAAGACGUUGCAUUAGAGGCAUCAGAGUUAGACGUAAGUAACCCAUACCACCUUGACCCUGUCGGGUCCCAAACUGGGGAGGAGCAGGAGGAGUACAAAGAGAAAGAAGGGAGGUAUGUAGUUAGAGAAAGAGAGGGAGCUGUUAAAGAGGAGGAGGAGAAAGAGCCAGGCUGGGAGAAACGUUAUGAAAAGAUCUGGGUAGAGGUGGAGAAGAGGGAGGUCAAGUCCUCCUACAAGAACGUGGCGGCCGAACUGAAGGAGAAAUUUGGAGAACUUUCUGCUGAAUCCGCGUCCGACGAAACUACAGAAGAAGAAGAAGAAGAAAAACAGGAGGAGAACGUAGAGAUAGUUGAAUCUCCCGCCAGAACCGCUGUGGAAGAGUCCAGCAACGAAGAGAAGGUGGGGGAGCCUAUAGUCUGUCUGUUGGGCAGGGCGAGGAGGAGUAGUAGCAAUAUAGUCCUGCUGACCAUUCCUGAGCAGAGGGAGUCCGGGCUGGAGGACUCUAUGACCGAGUCGGCUGACAACUCCCACUGCGAAGACAGGACUCCGCCUUGUGACACCCCCGGGUGUUCCCACCUCUGCCCCAGUGCCGAGGACAGUGAGAUGGGGGACCUGGAGGUCCUCGGUGGCAUUGAGCCAGAGAACAGGUCUGCUUCGCCUCAACUGGCUGGGGGAAUCGAUGGAGAGCGAGAAGUAGACUACAAUAUCGAUGAUGUCACCAAGACCUUCACAGAUUGCAAUGCAGCCUCAGUGAAACUCAAAAAAGACAAUGUUUAUAUGGACUCGUCCUUGAACGAAGGAGAGACAAACCCUAGCCCAGACAAAAGUACUACUACCAAACCAAAGCCUGCCGCAGAGAGACGUGGGCCAGGGCAAGUCCAAGAGGAUGAUGAGAAGAGCCCCUCCAUGUCCGAAGAAGAACCCAAAGUGUGUCCCUCCCAGUCUCAGCCCCCCUCAUUGAGCAGUGUGUGUCCCCCAGCUCCUUUACUUCCCUCAGACGAAGAGCUGGCAGAAGACCUGCAGAGGUUCAAGCACGAGGUAGGGAUGCUGAAGGUUGUGUUCCUGGAUUUGGAGAAAGAGAAGGCCCUGCUCUGGAAAGAGGUAGGGGAUUAUGACCUCCAUCGCCCCAAGGUAUAGCCCACACCACGCGAUUUCGUUUUUGUCUGGAGGCUGGGGGGAGUGAGGGAUGAGGGAUGAGGGAGGGAGGGGUGAGGGGAGGUGAGGGAUGCGGGGAGGGAGGGGGGAGGGAGGAGGGCGGGAGGGGGGCGGGAGGGAUGGAGGGCGGGAGGGAGGAGGGCGGGAGGGCGGUAGGGGGAGGAGGAGGGAGGGGGAGGGAGGGGGGGCGGGGGGGGUGGGUAGGGCGGAGGGAGGGAGGGAAUGGACAGGCGGAUGGGGAUGGGAGGGGAGGUAGGGCGAGGCGGGAGCGGAGGGGGGGGGGAGUGAGGGGAGGAUCUUUCUCUUUUCUUUCGGGCUUUAUGGUAGGUCGUUUCUUCGUUCUUCUUUCUUUAUUUCUUUUCUUUCUUUCUUUCUUUUAUGUUCUUUCUUUCUUUCUUUCUUUCUUUCUUUCUUUUCUUUUUCUUCUUUCUUUCUUUCUUGCUUUCUUUUUUCUUUCUUACUUUCUUCUCACCGCUUUUUCCAUUCCAUCACCUCAGCUGAGUCUGUGUGAAAAAAGGCCCAAACAAUGCCAGGAAAUACCUCUUCUAGACAAUCCUUUUUUCUUCUACUUCCUCCCAUUUCUCUUUUCUUUUAUUGGAAAUGGUCGACAUACUCUAGUAGUGAAACCAAAGAGUCUGCAUGUCAUUUUCCUUUAGUAUUUAUCUAUAUUUUUUUCAUGAAGCUAAGUGAGCAUUAUUUUUCGCUCUGUCCACGCCAGUUCUUCACUUCAUCAACCACUCCCUCACCCAAUGAGGUGCUGACUGUGGACAGUUCCCAGAGUGACAUUUAACGCCUCAUUGGCCUCGUUUGACUCUCCUCUCUCCUUAAUGCGUUUUAUUUUCUGUCUGCGAGGGGGGGAGAUGAUGUGGAGGCAGGAGGGAUGGGGGGGGAGGGAGAGUGAGGGAGGGAUGGAGGGAGGGAGGAGGGCGGGAUUGGGAGGGAGGGAGGGAGGGAGGGGGCGGGGGCGGGGGGAGGGCUGGAGAGAGUCGCGAGAGAGAGAGCGACGAGAGAGCAUAGAGGUCUAGAUAUCGAGCUUAGACUCUCUAUAUUCUCUAUCUCUCUCUCUCUAAUCUCUCUCUUCUCUCUCUCUACUCUCUCCAUCUCUCUCUCUCUCUCCUCUCUAUCUCUCUCUAUCUCUCUCUCUCUCUCUCUCUCUCUUCUCUCCUCUCUCUCUCUCUCUCUCUCUAUCAGCUGUAGUAUUGUGUGCUUCCUGGAUUUCACCAACGCCUCAUCAUCCACCCUCAAAGGAGCAUCAUCCAUCUUCUCUUGUAGUGAUUUUUUUUGUUUAUUGUUGUGUCUUUUUCUCCAUCUGUGUGCUUUGCAUGCUGCCACAUGUUGAGAAAACAGUUGUUUGCUACUCUCGGGUCAUUUCUCUUUUGCUCAUUCUCCCUAGCUGGUGUGGUGUGAAGUGGUGAACAUUUACCUAUAGAAACACCCUUAUUUUCUAUGAAAAUAAGCCAGGUUGGACUGAUGUGUGGGUGUAGCAGUUGUGUUUCAUUUGCACAGUGUUUUGUGCAUGCUUUUGUGAUGACAUUAAAGCGAUAGUUCAGCCAAAUUUGCAAAUAUUAGUUAAUGUUAGCAUUUUCAUUUUUUUAGCAAACCCAAUGUAAGUCACUGUCCCCUAGUUGGCAUGCUCCAAUCAUCUCAAAGCAUCUUCAAACCAAGUUGUUGAGCUAAUCAAUGUUUUUUUUUUGUUGUAUUUUUUGAUGAUUUGGGCAUGCUAACUGGGGGACAUUGACUUACAUUGGUCAAAUGCUAAUAUUAUCAUUUGGUGGCAGUGGCUAGUUUAAGAAAACCAAAGCAUGGAUUGCCGUCUGUCCUUAUCCAUUUGGUUUUGUUCGAAAAUGCUAAUGAUUUCUAGGUAAGGAAGCACAUAUCUGGGUGAGCUAUCCCUUUAAUGUGUUACCCUGUAACACUAAAACAGUUGCCAUCUAAAAUCAUUAAUGUUGAUGAAAGUGUUAAACGGACAACUAGACGGACGACUAGAAAAAACCCUCAAACCAAGUUUAUUCAACCACUGGGUCAAACAGCUGCAUAAGACAAAGACAUGUUUACACAAGCACAUAUAUUUAUACCCUCCUUCUAGGCUGAGUGUCCUUGCACAUCUAGACAGCCAAUACUCACGGCUGUCCUACCUUAUCUGUGACUGAAACCAGACUGUUGCCCUUCUCCUCUCCAUAGGAUACAUGAGAUUUAACAAUAACAUGUUCUGACAGAAUGUAAACUUUCUGCCCUCCCCUUUCUCACUCAGUAGAUUCCAUCCACUCAGUUCUAAUAGUGUAAGAUAUUUCAAGUUAGAAGUUCGAAUCGAACAAAAGGAAUUUGAAAACACUCUUAACUAAAACAAUUUGGCCAGCCUUUUGAAUGUGUUUUUCCAGGCACUUUGGAUAAUGUCUGCUCUGUGAAAGCUUAACGUAGCUGUAUAGGAUUGCAUAGGAAUGGAGCUGCCUGUAAAGCUGCUGCAUCCCUGUAGUUAAGCCUAACCAUGGUUGCAUCCUAAUGGAACCAUAUUCCCUACAGUGCACUACUUUUGGUCAAAAGUAGUGCACUAUCUAGGGUAUAGGGUGCUAUUUAGAACAUAUUACAUGAAGGUGUUAGGUCUCUCAGGGGAGGGGUGACAGACUAAAAUAUAUAUGGUAUGGUAGUAUACCUGCUCCAAAACACAUUUUAAAGGCCGGCUUAAACUAACCAUUCUCAAGCAGUAUGUGUAAGGCUAAUUCUGCAGCUUUGAUCAUUAAACAUUUACCCUGUCUUUACAGUUGGGCGAAGACCAGACAAAGACCAACAUGGAGGUGCUGCAAAAAUCAAGUGCUUCAUGGGAUGCAGGAGGAUUAAAGAGAAGACAGUGUGAACGUGAACUAGACAAAGAAGAAGAGGAGAAACCUGAGACCAGUUUAGGACACCCUAAAGAGUCACACAGUGGAAAUGGUGCAACAGAAAGCGAACAUCAGCUCAGAGCAACAGACAGUAUUGCCCAAAGACACUGGUCCAAAAGUCCAAAGAGGUAUGUGUCUUUGUUUUGAUUUAGUUUCCCCCCCCAAUUAAUUCAUGUUGCUUUGUCAUUGUGCAUAGCUUUAGGAGCCAGGCAAUAAGGUUCUUAAAGGACAGAGGACAAUCAGAACUUCACUGACAGAAUCAAGAGGCCUAUUAGACUUGGAGCAGUUAUUUGCAAAAGUGGUAUCAAAUGAGCUAAGACAUCAGUUGUACUUGUCACCUAAAGACCAGCAGUCCAAAGGCAACCAAAGACAUUCCGUUCCAAUUCUCUCCCUACCGCUCACCCUUGGCCCUACCCAUUUCGAUAAAUGCAGCUCUGUAAGGUGAAAGCAAUAUAGUGGAAGCCCUGCCACUUCCUUGCUUAUACCUAUCCAAGGGCCGAGUUGAGACUGGCUGGCAGACCGACUGUCUCCCAUUAUCAUACCCUGGUCCACUCUAAUACAGUCCCAUGUCACAACUGUACUUUGGUUUAGUUUUGAUUCCUUCCCCUGUCCUUUACCCUGCUGCCACUACUUAAAUGACACCUCCCACUCCAGGGCAAUCAACCAUAUUCCCAGCUAUUGGCUACUGUCAUGGGGCAUGACGUUCACCGCUAGGUCUAUGCUCUCCCUAUAGCGCUGACAGGGCCCUGGAGGACCAACUACGUCAUCAGCAGCAGAAGAAGAAGAAGGAGGGGAGAGCUGUAUCUAACGAGGCCACCUUACAGUUACCCUUUCUGGGGGGAGCCAGGCAUGGCCAAGCUCCCCAGGCAGCUAACCAUGUUAACGCAGGAGACCCCCUCUCAGUGUUUGACGAUAGUACUUUAAGUGAAGUGUCGGACGAUGAUGGAAGGUAUAUAUGCAGUAUGACAUUUUACUUUACUGAUGAUGUCACUAACUCUGACAGUUCAAUGAUUGGUGGUGGGAUAUGAUCUGGACUUUUCUUUUGACUUCAUCUGUUAUAUUUCUCUAUUUUCUGCUUUCAAAUAUGUUGCAUGUCGAACUCUUGAACUACUCAUUUUGAAAGGUAUACUGCAUUAUACCAUCGCGCUUCUACGAAAUAAGUCGUGCUACUUGUCGGCACCCUUGCACACAGCUUGAGGAGCGAGCAUUCGUGACGUUUUCCUAAAUAAUCUUUCCCGCUCUUCUUCUGUUUGUGUUUGUUUGUCGUUGUCAGGUCUCUAUCUGCAUGGCAUCGGAAGGACAAGGUAAAUUCCUGGCUUUUGGUCUUUUUUCCCCUACACUAUUACCAUGGCUUUGUGCACCCAAAUGUUCAUUCAUUGAGAUCCUUAAGAAAAUGGCAUGAUUAAAAAAAAAAAAGGGACAUUACACUCCAAAAUCAAAGACUGUAAAUUAAUGUCUAGGCUAUCUGUGUAGUAGAUCUAUAUACCACAGUACAAAAUUAAUGGAAAUGAUAAACACUAGAUAAUGUCCAGAUUUGCAGCACUUAUCUUUUCCAUUAAAGGGAUAGCUCACUAGAGCUGGGACGAUUUAACGAAAAAUUACCGACAUUGCCUUCCUCUUACUAAAGUAUUUAGCUUACGUCGGUAAUAUUAAUUGAUUUUGCUACAGAACGUUCCUGUAGAUUGUUCUAAAAUCAUUAUUUGCUCAACCGUAAUAGCCUAAGCAUUAUGUUGAUUCCUGCUAUAAAAGUAUUAGCCUGUCCCUUUUUCCCUUUUGGAUGCUGUGUGAUCAAGCCACUCUCACUCCCUCUACCCACUGUAGAGUUCGCACGGAGGGAGAGCUGCAUUCUGAUAAGCACAAGCAUAUGACCGUUGCUCAAAAUGCAAUUGCAGGAAAAAUACAGUUUCCAAAGCAACUACUGUUGGUCUAGUAACAGAGAUGAGAGUCACAGCUUUCUGUGAGUAUAUCAUUUAUUUCUCACCUCUUAAUAUUGAGGUAAUGGCACCACUUUACUAAAACUGGACUGAUCCGAUAAAUGGUUGAUUUAGGUGCAAUCUUACUAGCAGCAAUAUCCUUGCCUGUGCAAAGCAAUGAUGACGGCAUGUGUUUCCUUGCAGGUAACCAUGGUUAACAGAGGAAUAACAAUGAUUUCAAGCACCACCCUCCUUUUAAAGCUUCCAGUCUGUUAUUCUAACUCAAUCAGCAUGACAGAGUGAUCUCCAGCCUUGUCCUCGUCAACACUCUCACCUGUGUUAAUGAGAGAAUCACUGACAUGAUGUCAGCUGGUCCUUUUGUGGCAGGGAUGAAAUGCAGUGGAAAUGUUUUUUGGGGAUUUAAGUUCAUUUUCAUGGCAAAGAGGGACUUUGCAAUUAAUUGCAUUUCAUCUGAUCACUCUUCAUAACAUUCUGGAGUAUAUGCCAAUUGCCAUCAUAAAAACUGAGGCAGCAGACUUUGUGAAAAUUACUAUUUGUGUCAAAACUUUUGACCACGACUGUAGGCUAUCAUCUCCGUUUUCUUACUUGGCACUGGAAAAAAAUUGUGUCCAAUUAUCGUUAUCGAGCAACCUAAUUAAAUUGAUCGCAAUAUAACUUUUUGUCCAUAUCGUUCAGCUUCAUAGUUCACCCAAAUUGCAAAAUCACAUAUUGGCUUCCUUACCCCUUAAGCAAUCUGUGGACAAGGUAUGGCACCAAUCCAUGCUUUAGUUUUGUUUCCCUGGCACUGUUUCCAAAUGAUAACAUUUUAGGAUUUGUGGCAAAAAUCCAAUGCAAGUCAAUGGUACCUAUGGGCGAGAGUGGGGUAAGUCGUGCAAAAGGGUUAGUUGAACCACCCCUUGUUUCUAGGAAACCAUACACAAAAUUAAUCAUGUGACCAAAUAUUUAGAAGAGGUAAUCAUUUCAUGGAGUCCGAAGGAAGAAACCACAUGGAAAAAGUUGUAAGCAAGUUGUGUCCAAAAAACUGAUGUUCACAAAGUGUUUUUAAUUUAUUGUGUAUAGGUUUCAUGAUGCUUGUAUCUAAAUCAUAGUAGGUAUUUUUAACUGUUUUAUACAUCAGUUGGGUUCUCUAUAAGCUACAAUAUGGUCUUAGCAUUGCAUUUUUGUAGGUGUUUGGGCUAAUAUAGUCAAAAUGUUUGCUCUGGGGUAAAUUGUGCCUUUUGGCCAGGGGCAACUUGAGCCAAUGUCUAAUCAUACAAAUUAUGACAACAUUUUGUCAGUUUUAUGCAUAAUUUAGUAUUUUGAAGACAACUCGCAUUUGUGUGGAAAGUCAAGUUCAAAUGAUGGAAAAUGCCUUCCUCAGUUGGGUUCGCCCCCCUCAAUGCCACAAUUAAAAGUGUUUUCUUCCCAGGCCUAAUGCAAGGCCUUAUCGCUGGGGUAUGUGGUUACACCAGGGCCUUAGCCUAUGUUAAAAGUUUUUUUUUUUAAGUACAAUUUACCCCAUAUCCGGGGUAAGUUCUACCAAGAGACCACUUUUUUUGGACAAGCUAUGUUUUCAAAACUGUUAUAUUUGCUUGAAUUCUGAUUUUUUUUUUUCAGGGAUACACAACAUCCUGAAAUAUGUGAAGAUAUCUUUGUUAGAAAGAAUACUACAGUGCAUUCACACCCCUUGACUUUUUCCACAUUUCUGUUGUGUUACAGCCUGAAUUUAAAAUGAAUUAAAUUUAGAUUUUUUUUGUCACCGGCCUACACACAAUACCCCAUAAUGUCAAAAGUGGAAUGAUGUUUUUUGAAAAAAAAUUGAAAUGUCUGGAGUCAAUAACUAUUCAACCCCUUUGUUGUGGCAAGCAUAAAUAAGUUAAGGAGUAAAAAUGUGCUUACAAGUCACAUAAUAAGUUGCAUGGACUCACUCUGUGUGCAAUAAUAGUGUUUAACAUGGUUUUUGAAUAACUACCUCAUCUCUGUUCCACACACACAAUUAUAUGUAAGGUCCCCCAGUUGAGCAGUGAAUUUUAAACACAGAUUCAACCACAAAGACCAGAGAGGUUUUCAAAUGCCUCGCGAAGAAGGGCACCUAUUGGUAAAAAAUAGAGAAAAAAAAGACAUUGAAUAUCCCUUUGACCAUGAUGAAUUUAUUAAUUACACUUUGGAUGGUGGAUCAAUACACCCAGUCACUACAAAGAUACAGGCGUUCUUCCUUACUCAGUUGCCGGAGAGGAAGGAAACCGCUCAUGGAUUUCACCAUGAGGCCAAUGGUGACUAGUUCGAGUUUAAUGGCUGUGAGAGGAGAGAACUGAGGAUGGAUCAACAACAUUGUAGUUACUCCACAAUACUAACCUAAUUGACAGAGUAAAAAGAAAGAAGCCUGUACAGAAUACACAUAUUCCAAAACAUGCAUCCUGUUUGCAACAAGGCACUAAAGUAAUACUGCUAAGAAUGUGGCAAAGCAAUGAACUUUUUGUCCUGAAUACAAAGUGUUAUGUUUGGGGCAAAUCCAAUACAACACAUAACUGAGUACCACUCUCCAUAUUUUUAAGCAUAGUGGUGGCUGCAUCAUGUUAUGGGUAUGCUUGUAAUCAUUAAGGACUGGGGAGUUUUUCCAGGAUAAAGAAACGGAAUGGAGCUAAGCACAUGCAAAAUCCUAGAGGAAAACCUGGUUGUCUGCUUUCCAUCAGACAUUCUGAGAUUUAAUUCUACUUUUAGUAGGACAAUAACCUAAAACACAAGGCCAAGUCUACACUGGAGUUGCUUCCCAAGAAGACAGUUAAUGUUCCUGAGUGGCCAAGUUAGUUUUGACUUAAAUAUGCUUGGAAAUGUAUGGCAAGACUUAAAUUGUUGGUUAGUAAUGAUCAACAACAAAUUUGACAGAGCUUGAAGAAUUUUGAAAAGAAUAAUAGGCAAAUAUUGUACAAUCCAGAUGUGCAAAGCUCUUAGAGACGUACCCAGAAAGAUUCACAGCUGUAAUCGCUGCCAAAGGUGAUUCUAACAUGUAUUGACUCAUGGGUGUGAAUACUUACAUAAAUGAAAUAUUUCUGCAUUUCAUUUCCAAUAAAUGUGCUAAAAUGUUUUACGUGACUUUAAGUGGCUUCGUUGAGUUACACAAUCAAUUUGAGAUACUUGAGAUUUUAAUGUCAAUCUCCUCAGUUCAGAACCGAUGGCUUGGGAUGUGGACUUUUGAGCUCUGAAAACAUCUGACAAACGUUGAUUUUGGAGUGCAGUGUCCCUUUAAGAAAAUGUCAUGAGUUUAGUUAAAAUUCACAAAUGGCCCUCAAACAUACCAACUUUUACACAUGGAUAUAGUGUAUGUAGUGUAAAUCUUUGAUCUGUUUUAUGUUGCGUCCCCAACCUCAGACUGCUGGCGAGAUGGAGAUCGCGGAAGACUUUGAUGAGCUCACACAGUCAUCGGACACGGCCACAUCUGACCUCGAAGACCCCACCUCUGGCUACCGUCACGCCUCUUUUCUCAUCAAACAGCUCGACUCUACCACUUUAGGUACACAUGGUCCAAAAUCUAUCACUUUAACCAAGUCUUGUUUGAUUGGGGAUUAAAGUUUAUUUUUGGGGGUAGUACAGUAACACAUGUAUGUCUAAAUCCAUCUCUGUAGAUAAUAUCAGCUGAUAUCUUAAAACCACAAUGUAGCCUUUGUAUCCUAGGCUCUAUCUCAAACAGUCUUUCCAGGAUUUCUCGCAUUCUAUCUCCUUGCCUCCUUAGUAUUUGAGGAGAAGAUCCAAGGUCCCUCCCCUUUGACAUUUAUCUCCAAUGCAUUUUGAGAAGGAGGCAAGGAAUCCAGGAAAGAUGAAUUGAGGAAGUCCCCAAGGCUCUAACCCUACUCACCUUUCCCUCCCACCCCACCCCUCUGUCCCCUCAGACUCCGUGAGCAUCGUGAAGCUCCAGAACAUGUUCCACGAGUAUGAGCGCACCAUCCAGAGGGAGCGGGCCCGCCAUGGGCGCCUGUCCGACAAGGUGAGCCAGCUGGAGGCCGAGCGGUGCGAGCUGAGGGCCUCCCUGGAGGAAAGCCGGGACGGCAAGCAGGCCCUGGAUCACCGGCAGCUGGAGCUGAACACGGACCUCAACAACCUUAAGUAAGUUAGCCAAAGAGUAGAGGUAUUUUUUGUCGUUCUAUGAGACAAUGUUUUUUUUCUCUCCCUCUCAAUGAACCUUUCAUAUUUUUCUGCUCUUUCACAUCUCUCGCUCUCUCGCUCUCCCUUUCAUUUUUAUCAUCUCUCCUCUCACUCUCUGUCUCUGCUAACACACUAAGUGUAGAUGUGACCCUCUGAUCUCUCUGUGUUCUGUAGGUUCCAGCUGAAGCAGGAGCAGGAGAAGCACCGGAACGCCUCCAUGCUGUACGACAAGACGCGGGAAAUGCUGCGGAGGAAGGAGGAGGAGCUCCGGGCCGAGGCCGAGGAAAAGCACAAGGUGGAGCUGGCCGUGAGGAACCAGGAGCUGGAGAUGAGGGCCAUCCUUAACAAUAUGAAACAGGUCAAAUGCUCUCUGUCUCUCUCUUUCUCUCAGCCCUCCUCUUCCUACAUUUAAAUUAUGACAAUAACAUAAUUAUUUUAUACCUAGAUUACACUGAUAUGUUGUACUUUGUGGAUGACCCCUGACCUAGCACUCUAUCGGUCAGUUUUUAAUGUUCUUCCGCCAUUGCCACACAUAUACCACAGGUGUCGUAAAAGAGUGUCGUAAACAAUCACUCAGAACCACAUCAAUACAUCUUCCUUUUUUUUGUAUACUUUUUUUUUUUUUUUUUUACAAACAUACACAUUUCAUCAACAAGCAAUGUCAAUUCACAAAUACCAAUUAAUCCCAGUUUCAAAAUAGUCAAUAGUGAAAAUAUAAAAACAAACCCCAACAAUUCAAUGAAUCAGCCUCUCAGUCUUUGGUCCAUUAAACAUCACCACUUGUUCUCGUUUCUUUUUCCUGUGUCUUGAGCGUCCUCAAACGUCUCCUGGGUUCUCAAAAGUCUUUGUCAAUUGCGCCGAUACACAGCCUCAUCUUCUGUCCUGACUGUAUAUGACCGAGGCACAACCUCCUCCAAUACAGGAGCCUUUCUAUCCUAUGAAUCCGGACCCCGAAUUCGAACCACAUCCUGAGCUGCCAACGGUGACAACACUAGCAGUUUUGUCAUAGUAGAGUUUUUGUCUUGCCUUCAACUGCAGGGCCCUGUCCUACACAGCUAAUGGGCAGUCAUUCAGGCAUAAAAUAGGCAACCUGGAACACAACUUGCGUCCCAUUAAGAUUUCUGCAGGUGACCGGCCACAUUCCAAGGGUGCUGCUCUGUAAGACAAUAAAGCCAAGUAUGGAUCAGUCCCACUGUGUGCUGCCUUUUUUAAGUCUAUUCAUGAUUUGCACACCUUUUUCAGGCUUUCUGUUACUUUUAGGAUAUAGUGGACUAGAGGUUAUAUGUCUGAACUCAUAAUGUUCUGCAAAUAUCGUAAACUCACUGCAAGCAAACUGAGGUGCAUUGUCAGAAACCACCACUAGGGGAAUCCCAUGCCUAGCAAAGAAUGAUUUCAAAUGCAAAAUGACAGUCUUUGCUGUUGUGCUGGACAAGAGUGCAAUUUCAGGGUAAAUUGACAAGUAGUCGACAGUCAACAAAUAGUCCUUACCAUUGCAGUGAAACAAGUCGACUCCAACCUUCUCCCAGGCUGUGGUGGGUACCUCUCCCAUAACCAUGGGUUCCUUGGGCAGUCUAUAAUGAAAUUUGAGACGUGUCACAAUUUCCAACCAUUUGCUCAAUGUCAGAAUUUAUAUUUGGCCAAUAAAGGGACUCUCUGGCCCUUCUCUUACAUUUCUCAGCUCCCAGAUGUCCUUCAUGCACUCUCUGUAGCAUCUCCUGACCCAUUGAAGUAGGUAUCACCGUUCUGUUGUUCUUCAACAGCACACCAUUGACCACUGACUGCUCUGCGCUUAGUGGGAAGUACUGCUUACAAGAGCCUUUUUGCCAGCCAUUUUCCAGAUUCUGGAUCACCUUGCAAAGAAUGGGAUCUGUUGUGGUCUCUUCAGCUAUUCUCCUUAGUUGCUGCUCAGAAACAGGAAGUGACUCCAUGACCAUAUCCACAUGCAAGGCAACCUCCUCCUCCAUAGACUCCUGACUGAGGCUGAUUUGGGCCACCACUGGUGGAACCCUUGAGAGGGCAUCUGCAACCUCUAAAGUUGACCCAGGAACAUAGGUUAGAACAAAAUCAUAGCGUUGCAACCUCAUCAUCAUCCUUUGAAGACAAUGAGGCAUGUCAUUCAGAUUUUUUAGAGAGAUUGGAAUAAGGGGUUUAUGGUCUGUUUCUAGAAUCACCUUUGGUAAGCCAUAAAUGUAACAUUGAAACUUCUCACAACCAACGACCAACCCUAGGCACUCCUUUUCUAUUUCAGCAUAACGCUUUUCAGCAUCAGUCAUGGAAUGGGCCGCAUAAGCCACAGGCUUCCACAUACCUUGAUGCUCCUGAAGCAGCACUGCUCUAAUGCCAUUUUUGGAGGCGUCCGUGGACACCUUGGUAGUAGGACUGCUCUUCAGUUAGCACUGCUCUUCAGCCAAAAUGUUCUUUACAUCGUUCCACUCUCUUUCAUGUUCUCUGUUCCAUGAGAACUCUGUCUUGUCCUGAAGGAUUGUCCUUAAGUUCACUGUUUUAGCUGACAAGUUUGGUACAAACUUCCCCAAAUAAUUGACCAUACCCAAAACCUGCUGAAUGCCUUUCCUUUUUGUGGGAUUUGCCAUCUCCCUCACCGCUUUGACCUCGGCAUGAUCAGGCUGCACACCCUCCGAGGACAGCUUAUCCCCAAGAAAUGUGAUUUCCUUCGCACAGAACUGACAUUUAGCCUGAUUUAGCUUCAAACCAUGCUUCUGAACCCUCUGCAGAGUCUUUCCCAGCCGCUCAUUGUGUUCCUGAAUAGUGGACCCCAGACCACAAAAUCAUCCACAUACACUCUGACACCCUCUAACCCCUCAAUGACACUUUCCAUGGCCUUGUGAAAGAGAUCAGGGGCAGAACUUAUGCCAAAAGGUUACAUCUUAAAGGAAUAUCUUCCAAAGGGAGUAUUGACUGUACGCAGUUUGGUGCUGGCUGCAUCCAACCUCACCUGCCAGAAUCCAUUUGACGCAUCCAAUUUGGAGAAAUAGUGUGUGCCAGCCAUUUCACACACUAUCUCCUCCCUCUUAGGAAUCUGAAAAUGCUCCCUUUUGAUACAUUUAUUUAGGUCCUUGGGGUCCAUACAGACUCUCAGAUCUCCAUUCCUUUUCCGAACACACACCAUGGAAUUCACCCAGUCUGUUGGCUCCUCUGUUUUCACGAGCACAUUGAGUUUCACUAUUCUUCCCAACUCCUUCUUUAGAUCCUUCCGUAGUGGCACCGUAACUCUGCGUGGUGCAUGAAUCACUGGCUUGGCAUUCUCUGUGAGAGUAAUAGAGUGAAUGAGAGGCAAUGCUCCAAAUCCUGUGAACACAUCAGAAUAACUUUGAGCAAUCUCCUCACCAUUUUGAUUACUUGUCACCCAUUGAACACUGUGCAGCCAGUCAAAGUCAUUAAUGGUGUACACUUGCUUAACCAGUCCCAACGACUCACAUGCUGUAUCCCCCAAAAGAGAAUCAUGCCACUCUGGUACAAUCACAAACAUACAGUGGGGAGAACAAGUAUUUGAUACACUGCCGAUUAUGCAGGCUUUCCUACUUACAAAGCAUGUAGAGGUCUGUAAUAUUUAUCAUAGGUACACUUCAACUGUGAGAGACGGAAUCUAAAACAAAAAUCCAGAAAAUCACAUUCUAUGAUUUUUAAGUAAUUAAUUUGCAUUUUAUUGCAUGACAUAAGUAUUUGAUCACCUACCAACCAGUAAGAAUUCCGGCUCUCACAGACCUGUUAGUUUUUCUUUAAGAAGCCCUCCUGUUCUCCAGUCAUUACCUGUAUUAACUGCACCUGUUUGAACUCGUUACCUGUAUAAAAGACACCUGUCCACACACUCAAUCAAACAGACUCCAACCUCUCCACAAUGGCCAAGACCAGAGAGCUGUGUAAGGACAUCGGGGAUAAAAUUGUAGACCUGCACAAGGAUGGGAUGGGCAACAGGACAAUAGGCAAGCAGCUUGGUGAGAAGGCAACAACUGUUGGCGCAAUUAUUAGAAAAUGGAAGAAGUUCAAGAUGACGGUCAAUCACCCUCGGUCUGGGGCUCCAUGCAAGAUCUCACCUCGUGGGGCAUCAAUGAUCAUGAGGAAGGUGAGGGAUCAGCCCAGAACUACACGGCAGGACCUGGUCAAUGACCUGAAGAGAGCAGGGACCACAGUCUCAAAGAAAACCAUUAGUAACACACUACGCCGUCAUGGAUUAAAAUCCUGCAGCGCACGCAAGGUCCACCUGCUCAAGCCAGCACAUGUCCAGGCCCGUCUGAAGUUUUACAAUGAACAUCUGGAUGAUCCAAAGGAGGAAUGGGAGAAGGUAAUGUGGUCUGAUGAGACAAAAAUAGAGCUUUUUGGUCUAAACUCCACUCGCCGUGUUUGGAGGAAGAAGAAGGAUGAGUACAACCCCAAGAACACCAUCCCAACCGUGAAGCAUGGAGGUGGAAACAUCAUUCUUUGGGGAUGCUUUUCUGCAAAGGGGACAGGAUGACUGCACCGUAUUGAGGGGAGGAUGGAUGGGGCCAUGUAUCGCGAGAUCUUGGAUGGGUCGUGGCUGGGUCUUCCAGCAUGACAACGACCCCAAACACACAGCCAGGGCAACUAAGGAGUGGCUCCAUAAGAAGCACCUCAAGGUCCUGGAGUGGCCUAGCCAGUCUCCAGACCUGAACCCAAUAGAACAUCUUUGGAGGGAGCUGAAAGUCUGUAUUGCCCAGCGACAGCCCCGAAACCUGAAGGAUCUGGAGAAGGUCUGUAUGGAGGAGUGGGCCAAAAUCCCUGCUGCAGUGUGUGCAAACCUGGUCAAGACCUACAGGAAACGUAUGAUCUCUGUAAUUGCAAACAAAGGUUUCUGUACCAAAUAUUAAGUUCUGCUUUUCUGAUGUAUCAAGUACUUAUGUCAUGCAAUAAAAUGCAAAUUAAUUACUUAAAAAUCAUACAAUGUGAUUUUCUGGAUUUUUGUUUUAGAUUCCGUCUCUCACAGUUGAAGUGUACCUAUGAUAAAAAUUACAGACCUCUACAUGCUUUGUAAGUAGGAAAACCUGCAAAAUCGGCAGUGUAUCAAAUACUUGUUCUCCCCACUGUAAGUGUGUGGCUUCUUGUUAUCCCCUUUACAGUUAGCCAACACAAACUUUUAGUCUCAAUUGCUUGGCCUUUGUACGCUUUGAGAGCAACAGCCUUUUGCAUGAUUGCUGGUUUGUGCUUUGGCUCAUGAAAAUAUAUUAUUGAUCAGGUUGGCUUUAGCCCCUGUAUCCAGGUCAAAAUUGUACCAUUUGACCACAAGUGGUACAACCCAGUGGUAACUAGCUACAGUAUGGACCUGUGAUGGCUCUUGCCCGUCCUCCAUGCAAUCCACAGUACCCACAAACAAAUCACUUUGUUCAUUCUCCUCCAUUUCAAUGGUAUGAACAUUUUGUCUCCCAUACUUGUCCUUUGCAAAACACAUUUUUCCAAAAUGACUUUUCCCCUUGCACUUGUAGCAACAUUUUCCAAAGGCAGGGCACUUCCUGACCUGGUGCCUGGUGCCACACCUAUUACAAUCAUAUUGCUUGUGACUCCUUUGGUCAAAGUCAUAUUGCUUGUGGCUCCUUUGCUCAUAGCGCCACCUUGUGUCUUUGUGUACAAAAUCCACUGCUGUGCUUUCCACCUCCAUAGCAGUGUUUGCUGGUGUGGAGCUAAAGGUUUUAAUAUGCAAUUGUGCCAGCUCAUUCGCCUGACAUAUUUUUACUGCAGUGUCCAAAUGUAACUUACUUUCCCGCAGCAAUCUUUCUCUAACUCUGGAGUCAUUUAUACCAAACACAAUCUGAUCUCGAAGCAUAGUUGAGGUUAGGUCUACAAAAUUACACGUCUGUGCUUUUAAUUUCAAAUCUGUAAAAAAAAUGUAAAAAAAUAAGACGUCAUAUGGUUCAUAUGUCUCGUUCUUUUUAGGUGAACAAUAUGCAUCAAACUGAUCCAGUACCUCCGCAAAAUCGUCUUUAUCCUCUUCAUUUGCAAACAUUUGCCUGUGGUCCCUCUAUAGUAAGAAAGAGAGCAACUUUACGUUCAUAUGGCUCCUUUGUAACUCCAAUGGCAGACAUAUACAGCAAAAACCAUUGCCAAAAUGUUUUCCAAUUUGCGUCCACAUUCCCAUCCAGGCUCAAAGCCUCUGGUGGCUUGAUAACAUCCAUUGCGCUUCCAUAAACUCCAACAUUCACAGAAAAAACACUAUUUCCACUCCUGGUACCAUGUAUUACUUUGUUGGUUACAGCAAGCAAAGACGACCAUCACCAUUGUUAACGAGUUUUUAAUGUUCUUCCGCCACACAUAUACCACAGGUGUCGUAAACAAUCACUCAGAAUCACGUUAAUACACCUUCCUUCCUCCCUCUUUCUUCUCUUUUAAUAGUCUGUUGUUGGGCACAAAGCAUUUAUGUAUGUGAAUGAGUAUGAAUGUAGCCUGUGUGUGUGUGUGUGUGUCGUCCCCUAGUCGGAGGAGGAUCGCAGCGAGACCCAGAGGCUGCUGACCCAGGAGCGAGGUGCCCGAGUUCUGUCAGAGACCCUCCUUAACAAUCACCUCCGCAAGCAGCAGGAGAUCGAGGAGGAGAACAGGAGGACCAUCAGCAAGAGCAACGAGGUAACAUACUAACUCCUACCAAAGUUGGGGUCAAUUCAAAAUAAGUCUAUUCAGGAAUUGAUUUGAAUUUAAAAUAAAAUGACAACACUUUUGAAAUAAGUAGCUUCGCCUUUUCGGUUUAUUGAGAAGUCAUUUUUCAAUGAUUUAAUUGGAAUUACAGUUUGCUUCCUGAACUGACUCUUCAAUUCAAAGUGACCCCAACCCUGACCUCCCCAUUCACUCUUUCUCAAUUUACUUAAAAUCCAUCCUCGCCUCUCCUUAGUGUAGUUGCACUGAUCUGAAUACAAUGACGAGGUGAAAACCAGCCUAAUAAUGAGCUUCCACCAACUAGUUUUCAUCUGUCAUUUCUUUUCCAGUCAGUACAGAUGAGGCAAGGAAAUGAGGAGAGGACAUAUUUUUUUAAACAAAUUUAUAAAGACCUUUAGGCUUCACUAAGGCAGUUGUACAACCCUGGCAAUACAGAUGUUUUGUCUAUAAAUGGCAUCAUACAUCUACCAUACAGAAAAACUUAAUCGAGAUGUAUUAUAAAGAGCACUAUUCAUGCAGUCAUCUUUUCAUUCUGUUUAAAAACAAUUUGCUGAGUAAUCCUUGCUGCUGUCAAAUGUCAAGUCUGAGUCUAUCAGUGGCAUCAUACAUUGAAAGUAGAACCCGACCGAUAUGGGAUUUUUGGGUUUGAUACGGUUACCGAUUUUAGGGAGGGAAAAGUCACCGAUUACUGAUAUUGUUUUUCAGAAGUGGAAUGAAAAACAUACCUUUUCUUUACACAAAUUGUACUCUAAAGGAUGAAAGGCCCAAUGCAGCCAUUUGUAUAUCAAUAUCAAAUCAUUUCUGGGUAACAGUUAAGUACCUUACUGUAAUAGAUUUCCAUAAAAAUGGGCAAUAAUAGCUUUUUAGAAACAACAUUUUUCUCAAGCAAGAAUUUUGGAUUGUCUGGGAAGUGGUCUGAGUGGGGAGGGGAAAACUAAAAACGAGUAUUUGGAUCUCUCUUUGGUAUUGGUCUAUUAACCAAUUUACCGCAUGGUGAUGUCACCAUUGAAAGCUUAAACUCACGCCCAUGCAGACCUGCUGAUUUAGAUGGUCCUGUGUAGAUUGUAUUUUCAACUAGCAACUAUCAGGAAAUAACACCGAUAUUUAUUUAUUUUUUACACUUUUUUAGUGUAAUCAACUUUUGUACAAUAUGACACAAUACACAGCAAAACAUUUAUUUUGACUGCACUGGGCCUUUAACAGAUAAAUGAGGAUUUCUUAACUACAUAUUAAAAUUAACAUUAUUUAAGAACAUUUACAUGAUAACCACCAAAAAGCAACUAUAUCCUCUAAAUACGAAAGUAAAUACAAAACACUUGUUUAGUUUACCUUCUUAGGUACAACUUAAAAAUGUGUCCAUCUAUGGCAGUGGAUUAGAAGUAUGUAGAAGUGUUUGAUGAAACACCACAAGCACACUAAUAAACAAGAAGGGGGAGUCUGCUGGCUGAAUGAAUUAAACUUUGUCUCGAAGUAAAUCUGAAACUGCACUGUUCACAAUCUGUCUGUAUUGCAGUAACAUGCAGUUUGUAAUGUCACCACUAGUGGCAGUGUCAGCAUUUGUAUUUAGUAGAUUCACUACAAUGCUUUACAACAGUCAAAGGUCAUGUAAACAAACACUUUAUGCAACCUAACCCUAAACGCUAGCUGUUCAUUAUGACAAUGUUUUCUUACUUAAACCAUAUGUACAUGACACUAUGUUAUUCAAUACAAAAUUAUUUGGCUAUAUAUUUCAACUGCAAAUGGCAUGAGCUGAUGACUGAAAAUGUUGAUGCAGGCUAAUGCUUGCCGCACUGGUUUAAGUCACACACAUUCUAAUGUAGCUAGUGAGCUAACAAUCUUAUCUCAUCAUGAAUUCAAGCCUGAAUGAUAGAUCUGCACCAACUGUCUUGCGUUUUGCGGAUUGCAUAUUUCGGAGAACUAACUAAAUAAGCCACUAACAUAAUAGGCCCAGACAGUAAGUGUUAUUUUUGUAUCAAGGACUUGGGCGCCAGUCGAGUGUUUGCGCAUAAGUAGCACAGAUUGCUAGCUAAGCUAACUACACUGAACAAAAAUAUAAACGCAACAAUUUCAACGAUUUUGCUAAGUUACAGUUCAUAUAAGGAAAGCAGUCAAUUGAAAUGAAUUCAUUAGGCCCUAAUCUGUGGAUUUCACAUUAUUGGGAAUACAGAUACAGUGCAUUCUGAAAGUAUUCAGACCCCUUCCCUUUUUUCCACAUUUUGUUACGUUGCAGCCUUAUUCUAAAAUGGAUUAAAUAAAUAAAAAUUCAUCAUCAAUCUACACACAAUACCCCCAUAAUGACAAAGCGAAAACAGGUUUUUAGAAAGCUUUGCAAAAAUGAAGAAAUACCUUAUUUACAUAAGUAUUCAGACCCUUUGCUAUGAGACUCGAAAUUGAGCUCAGGUGCAUCCUGUUUCAAUUGAUCAUCCUUGAGAUGUUUCUACAACUUGAUUUAGAGUCCACCUGUGGUAAAUUCAAUUGAUUGGACAUGAUUUGGAAAGGAACACACCUGUCUACAGUCGUGGCGAAAAAAUUUGAGAAUGACACAAAUAUUAAUUUUCACAGUCUGCUGCCUCGUUUUUAUGAUGUCAAUUUGCAUAUACUCCAGAAUGUUAUGAAGAGUGAUCAGAUUAAUUGCAAUUAAUUGCAAAGUCCUUCUUUGCCAUGAAAAUGAACUUAAUCCCCAAAAAACAUUUCCACUGCAUUUCAGCCCUGCCACAAAAGGACCAGCUGACAUCAUGUCAGGUGAUUCUCUCGUUAACACAGGUGGGAGUGUUGACGAAGACAAGGCUGGAGAUCACGAUGUCAGACUAGAAGCUUUAAAAGGAGGGUGGUGCUUGAAAUCAUUGUUCUUCCUGUGUUAACCAUGGUUACCUGCAAGGAAACACGUGCCGUCAUCAUUGCUUUGCGUAAAAAGGGCUUCACAGGCAAGGAUAUUGCUGCUAGUAAGAUUGCACCUAAAUCAACCAUUUAUCAGAUCAUCAAGAACUUCAAGGAGAGAGGUUCAAUUGUUGUGAAGAAGGCUUCAGGGCGCCCAAGAAAGUCCAGCAAGCGCCAGGACCGUCUCCUAAAGUUGAUUCAGCUGCGGGAUCGGGGCACCAACAGUGCAGAGCUUGCUCAGGAAUGGCAGCAGGCAGGUGUGAGUGCAUCUGCACGCACAGUGAGGCGAAUACUUUUGGAGGAUGGCCUGGUGUCAAGAAGGGCAGCGAGGAAGCCACUUCUGUCCAGGAAAAACAUCAGGGACAGACUGAUAUUCUGCAAAAGGUACAGGGAUUGGACUGCUGAGGACUGGGGCAAAGUAAUUUUCUCUGAUGAAUCCCCUUUCCGAUUGUGUGGGGCAUCCGGAAGAAAGCUUGUCCGGAGAAGACAAGGUGAGCGCUACCAUUAGUCCUGUGUCAUGCCAACAGUAAAGCAUCCUGAGACCAUUCAUGUGUGGGGUUGCUUCUCAGCCAAGGGAGUGGGCUCACUCACAAUUUUGCCUAAGAACACAGCCAUGAAUAAAGAAUGGUACCAGCACAUCCUCUGAGAGCAACUUCUCCCAACCAUCCAAGAACAGUUUGGUGACGAACAAUGCCUUUUCCAGCAUGAUGGAGCACCUUGCCAUAAGGCAAAAGUGAUAACUAAGUGGCUCGGGGAACAAAACAUUGAAAUUUUGGGUCCAUGGCCAGGAAAAUUCCCAGACCUUAAUCCCAUUGAGAACUUGUGGUUAAUCCUCAAGAGGCGGGUGGACAAACAAAAACCUGACAAACUCCAAGCAUUGAUUAUGCAAGAAUGGGCUGCCUUCACUCAGGAUGUGGCCCAGAAGUUAAUUGAUAGCAUGCCAGGGCGUAUUGCAGAGGUCUUGAAAAAGAAGGGUCAACACUGUAAAUAUUGACUCUUUGCAUAAACUUAAUGUAAUUGUCAAUAAAAGCCUUUUUGACACUUAUGAAAUGCUUGUAAUUAUACUUCAGUAUACCAUAGUAACAUCUGACAAAAAUAUCUAAAAACACUGAAGCAGCAAACUUUGUGAAGACCAAUAUUUUUGACCACGACUGUAUAUAAGGUCCCACAUUUGACAGUGCAUGUCAGAGCAAAAACCAAGCCAUGAGGUCAAAGGAAUUGUCUGUAGAGCUCAGAGACAGGAUUGUGUUGAGACACAGAUCUGGGGAAGGGUAUCAAAACGUUUCUGCAGCAGGGCCUCCUGAGUGGCGCAGUAGUCUAAAGCACUGCAUCGCAGUGCUAGCUGUGCCACUAGAGAUCCUGGGUCGAUUCCAGGCUCUGUUGCAGCCGGCCGCGACCGGGAGACCCAUGGGGCGGUGCACAAUUGGCCCAGUGCCGUCCAGGGUAGGGGAGGGUUUGGCCGGCAGGGAUGUUCUUGUCCCAUCGCGCACUAGCGACUCCUGUGCCGGGCAAGGGCGCAGUGCACGCUGACUCGGUCGCCAGGUGUACAGUGUUUCCUCCGGCACAUUGGUGCAGCUGUGUUAAGCGGGCACUGUGUCAAGAAGCAGCUUGGUUGGGUUGUGUUUAGGAGGAAGCACGACUCGACCUUCUCCUCUCCCGUGUCCGUACGGGAGUUGCAGCGAUAGGACAAAACUGUAACUACCAAUUGGAUACCACAAAAUUGACGGUAAAAAAAAGUAUUCUUGGGUAUGACGCUACAUGCUUGACACACCUGUACUUGGGGAGUUCUCCAAUUCUUCUAUGCAGAUCCUCUCAUGCUCUGUCAGGUUGUAUGGGGAGCGUCGCAGCACAGCUAUUUUCAGGUCUCUCGGGUUCUGGUCCGGGUUCUGGCUGGGCCACCUAAGGACAUUCAGAGACUUCUCCGGAAGUCACUCCUGAAUUGUCUUGGCUGUGUGUGCUUAGGGUCGUUGUCCUGUUGAAAGGUGGAGCUUAGCCUCAGUCACAGGUCCUGAGCGCUCUGGAGCAGGUUUUCAUCAAGGAUCUCUCUGCACUUUGCUCCGUUCAUCUUUCCCUCAUUCCUGACUAGUCUCCCAGUCCCUGCUGCUGAAAAACAUCCCCACAGCAUAAUGCUGCCACCACCAUGCUUCACCGUAGGGAUGGUGCCAGGUUUCCUCCAUACAUAUGACACUUGGCAUUCAGGCCAAAUAAUUCAAUGUUGAUUUCAUCAGACCAGAUAAUCUUGUUUCUCAUGGUCAGAGAGUCCUUUUGGUGUCUUUUGCAAACUCCAAGCGAGCUGUCAUGCCUUUUGCUGAAGAGUGGCUUCAGUCUGGCCACUCUACCAUAAAGGUCUGAUUGGUGGAGUGCUGCAGAGAUGGUUGUCCUUCUGGAAGGUUCUCGAAUCUCCACAGAGGACCUCUGUUAAGAUUGACCAUCAGGUUCCUGGUCACUUCCCUGACCAAGGCCCUUCUCCCCCGAUUGCUCCGUUUAGCCGGGCGGCCAGCUCUAGGAAGAGUAUUGGUUGUUCCAAACUCCUUCCAUUUAAGAAAUGGAGGCUACUGUGUUCUUGGGGACCUUGUUCCAAGAUGGCGUAGCAGUGCGGUCGUUUACUCUGUGUCCGUGUAACUAGCCUGUUAAUUCUUUAAUUUUUUUGUCUUUUUCGUAUAUAUUUUCCCUAUAACACUUUUCAUCCUUCUACUAAAUAUACUUUCCUGCAACACGCCUCACUCAAUGUGGAACGGAUUCUAUUAUUGACUUACCUUUUAUUUAGAAUCUCCAGUUGAAUCUAGCUAGCCAGCUAACUAGCUACUUGCUAUUAGCCACCGUUAGUGGUUUUCACCCAGAUCAUCGGAUUUUCUGCCAGAAUAACUGAAUCACUGGACCUUAACACCGGAUCGCAACCAACUCGAACCUUCAGCUCCCUCCACAGAUUUUCUAUGGAAUUAAGGUCUGGAGACUGGCUAGGCCACUCCAGGACUUUAAUGUGCUUCUUCUUGAGCCACUACUUUGUUGCCUUGGCCGUGUGUUUUGGGUCAUUGUCAUGCAGGAAUACCCUUCCACGACCCAUUUUCAAUGCCCUGGCUGAGGGAAGGAGGUUCUCACCCAAGAUUUGACGGUACAUGGCCCCGUCCCUCGUCCCUUUGAUGCAGUGAAGUUGUCCUGUUCCCUUAGCAUAAAAACACCCCCAAAGCAUAAUGUUUCCAUUUCCAUGUUUGACGGUGGGGAUGGUGUUCUUGGGGUCAUAGGCAGCAUUCCUCCUCCUCCAAACACGGCGAGUUGAGUUGAUGCCAAAGAGCUCCAUUUUGGUCUCAUCUGACCACAACAAUUUCACCCAGUUCUCCUCUGAAUCAUUCAGAUGUUCAUUGGCAAACUUCAGACGGGCCUGUAAAUGUGCUUUCAUGAGCAGGGGGAGCUUGCGGGCGCUGCAGGAUUUCAGUCCUUCACGGCGUAGUGUGUUACCAAUUGUUUUAUUGGUGACUAUGGUCCCAGCUGCCUUGAGAUCAUUGACAAUAUCUUCCUGUGUAGUUCUGGGCUGAUUCCUCACCGUUCUCAGGAUCAUUGCAACUCCACGAGGUGAAAUCUUGCAUGGAGCCCCAGGCCGAGGGAGUUGACAGUUCUUUUCUGUUUCUUCCAUUUGCGAAUAAUGGCACCAACUGUUGUCACCUACUCACCAAGCUGCUUGGCGAUGGUCUUGUUGCCCAUUCCAGCCUUGUGUAGGUCUACAAUCUUGUACCUGACAUACUUGGAGUGCUCUUUGGUCUUGGCCAUGGUGGAGUUUGAAAUCUGAUUGAUUGAGAGGGGGUCAAAUACUUAUUUCCCUCAUUAAAAUGCAAAUCAAUUUAUAACAUUUUUGACGUGUUUUUCUGGAUUUUGUUGUUACUCUGUCUCUCACUGUUCAAAUAAACCUACCAUUAACAUUAUAGACUGAUCAUUUCUUUGUCAGUGGGCAAACGUACAAAAUCAGCAGGGGAUCAAAUACUUUUUUCCCUCACUGUACCUCUCUGUCUAACGGACGGGAGUAGCCAACUAACUAGCUACUUGCUAUUAGUCACCGUUAGUGGUUUUAUCACCAUUGUCCAUGGCCUGCACUACCUACCAGCCAGCUCUAGCCUGGACUAUUAUCGGCCAGUCUGCACAGCGCGUUAUCGACCCAGAACAUAUCGGAUUUUCUGCCGGAAUCACUGAAUCAAUGGACCUUUAACUCCGGAUCAUCGCAACUAGCUAGCUGCAACCGAAUGGAUGUUGUGGUUGGCUAACCUUGAGCUAGCCUUGAGUCAGGCCCAUCUCCCGGCUAUCUACCUCUCUGUCAACCGGACGGGACCUCCUAGUGUCGACACGGAGCCCCGCCGAUCCAUCACGACUGGUCUGCCGACGUAAUCGUCUGUGGUUUCAACAGGCUUCCCGUUGCGACGACCACGAAGAUCCAUCUGCUUGCCCCGGCCCGCUAGCACACGCAAUUCAACAGCCAUGCUUCCUGCUCGCCUGUGCUGUAGCACCAAUUCGAACUGCUCUCGGACUCACGUAUUGCUGUUCACUGGACCUUAUGAUCGUUCAGCUGCAGAGCUGAUGCCUGCUGGACUGUUCCUUUACACGGAAUUGAUUGCCCCCCAUCUAUCCUCAGAGUUCAUACUGCUUGGUGACUGGGAUAUGCUUAACACACCGGCCAUCCUACAAUCCAAACUAGAUGCCCUCAAUCUCACACAAAUUAUCAACGAACCUACCAGGUACAACCCUAAAUCCGUAAACAUGGGCACCCUCAUAGAUAUCAUCCUGACUAACUUCCCCUCUAAAUACACCUCCGCUGUCUUCAACCAGGAUCUCAGCGAUCACUGCCUUAUUGCUUGCGUCCGUAACGGGUCCGCGGUCAAACGACCACCCCUCAUCACUGUCAAACGCUCCCUAAAACACUUUAGCGAGCAGGCCUUCCUAAUUGACCUGGCCCAGGUAUCCUGGAUGGAUAUCGAUCUCAUUCCAUCAGUAGAGGAUGCCUGGUUGUUCUUUAAAAGUGCUUUCCUCUCAAUCUUAAAUAAGCAUGCCCAUUAAAAAAAUUCAGAACUAAGAACAGAUAUAGCCCCUGGUUCUCCUCAGACUUGACUGCCCUUGACCAGCACAAAAACAUCCUGUGGCGUACUGCAUUAGCAUCGAAUAGCCCCCGCGAUAUGCAACUUUUCAGGGAAGUUAGGAACCAAUAUACACAAGCAGUUAGGAAAGCAAAGGCUAGCUUUUUCAAACAGAAAUUUGCAUCCUGUAGCACUAACUCCAAAAAGUUUUGGGACACUGUAAAGUCCAUGGAGAAUAAGAGCACCUCCUCCCAGCUGCCCACUGCACUGAGGCUAGGAAACACUAUCACCAUCGAUAAAUCUACAAUAAUCGAGAAUUUCAACAAGCAUUUUGCUACGGCUGGCCAUGCUUUCCACCUGGCUACCACUACCCCGGCCACCAGCUCUGCACCCUCCGCUAUACAACUUGCCCAUGCCCCCCCCCCCACCCCCACCCCCGCUUCUCCUUCACACAUAUUCAGACAGCUGAUGUUCUGAAAGAGCUGCAAAAUCUGGACCGAUACAAAUCAUCUGGGCUAGACAAUCUGGACCCUUUCUUUCUAAAAUUAGCAGCCGAAAUUGUCGCAACCCCUAUUACUAGCCUGUUCAACCUCUCUUUUGUAACGUCUGAGAUCCCCAGAGAUUGGAAAGCUGCCACGGUCAUCCCCCUCUUCAAAGGGGGUGAAACUCUAGAUCCAAACUGUUACAGACCUAUAUCCAUCCUGCCCUGCCUUUCGAAAGGUUUUGAAAGCCAAGUUAACAAACAAUCACCGACCAUUUUGAAUCCCACCGUACCUUCGCCGCUAUGCAAUCCAGUUUCCGAGCUGGUCAUGGUGCACCUCAGCCACGCUCAAGGUCCUAAACGAUAUUAUAACCGCAAUCGAUAAUAGACAGUACUGUGCAGCUGUCUUCAUCGACCUGGCCAAGGCUUUCGACUCUGUCAACCACCGCAUUCUUAUUGGCAGACUAAAUAGCCUUGGUUUCUCAAAUGACUGCCUCGCCUGGUUCACCAACUACUUCUCCGAUGGAGUUCAAUGUGUCAAAUCAGAGGGCCUGUUGUUUGGACCUAUGGCAGUCUCUACGGGGGUGCCACAGCGUUCAAUUCUCGGGCCGACUCUUUUCUCUGUGUAUAUCAAUGAUGUCGCUCUUGCUGCUGGGGACUCUCAGAUCCACCUCUAUGCAGACGACACCAUUUUAUAUACAUCUGGCCCUUCAUUGGACACUGUGUUAACAAACCUCCAAAUGAGCUUCAAUACCAUACAACACUCCUUCCGUAGCCUCCAACUGCUCUUAAACACUAGUAAAACUAAUUGCAUGCUUCUCAUUCGAACGCUGCUGGCACCCGCCCACCCGACUAGAAUCACUACUCUCGGCGGGUCUGACCUAGAGUAUGUGGACAACUACAAAUACCUAGGUGUCUGGUUAGACUGUAAACUAUCCUUACAGACUCACAUUAAGCAUCUCCAAUCCAAAGUUAAAUCUAGAAUCGGCUUCCUAUUUCGCAACAAAGCCUCCUUCACUCAUGCUGCCAAACAUGCCCUCGUAAAACUGACUAUCCUACCGAUCCUUGACUUCGGCGAUGUCAUUUACAAAAUAGGCUCCAACACUCAGCAAAUUGGAUGUAGUCUAUCACAGUGCCAUCCGUUUUGUCACCAAAGCCCCAUAUACUACCCACCAUUGUGACCUGUACGAUCUCGUUGGCUGGCCCUCACUACAUAUUUGUCGCCAAACCCACUGGCUCCAGGUCAUCUAUAAAUCACUUCUAGGCAAAUCCCUGCCUUAUCUUAGUUCAUUGGUCACCAUAGCAACACCCACCCGUAGUAUGCGCUCCAGCAGGUAUAUCUCACUGGUCAUCCCCAAAGCCAACACCUCCUUUGGCCGCCAUUCCUCCCAGUUCUCUGCUGCCAAUGACUGGAACGAACUGCAAAAAUCUCUGAAGCUGGAGACUUAUCUCCCUCACUAACUUUAAGCAUCAGUUGUCAGAGCACCUUACCGAUCACUGCACCUGUACACAGCCCAUCUGAAAUUAGCCCACCGAACUACCUCAUCCCCAUAUUGUUAUUUAUUUUGCUCAUUUGCACCCCUGUAUCUCUAUUUGCACAUAAUCUCUUGCACAUCUAUCAUUCCAGUGUUAAUACUAAAUUGUAAUUAUUUUGCACUAUGGCCUAUUUAUUGCCUUACCUCCAUAACUUGCUAAAUUUGCACACACUGUAUAUAUAUUUGCUGUUGUAUUUUUGACUUUAUUUUGUUUACCCCAUACAGUGAGGGAAAAAAGUAUUUGAUCCCCUGCUGAUUUUGUACGUUUGCCCACUGACAAAAGAAAUGAUCAGUCAAUAAUUUUAAUGGUAGGUUUAUUUGAACAGUGAGAGACAGAAUAACAACAACAACAUCCAGAAAUACGCAUGUCAAAAAUGUUAUAAAUUGAUUUGCAUUUUAAUGAGGGAAAUAAGUAUUUGACCCCCUCUCAAUCAGAAAGAUUUCUGGCUCCCAGGUGUCUUUUAUACAGGUAACGAGCUGAGAUUAGGAGCACACUCUUAAUGGGAGUGCUCCUAAUCUCAGUUUGUUACCUGUAUAAAAGACACCUGUCCACAGAAGCAAUCAAUCAAUCAAAUUCCAAAAUCUCCACCAUGGCCAAGACCAAAGAGCUCUCCAAGGAUGUCAGGGACAAGAUUGUAGACCUGUAGAUGCCGUGAAGGACUGAAAUCCUGCAGCGCCCGCAAGGUCCCCCUGCUCAAGAAAGCACAUAUACAUGCCCGUCUGAAGUUUGCCAAUGAACAUCAGAAUGAUUCAGAGGAGAACUGGGUGAAAGUGUUGUGGUCAGAUGAGACCAAAAUGGAGCUCUUUGGCAUCAACUCAACUCGCCGUGUUUGGAGGAGGAGGAAUGCUGCCUAUGACCCCAAGAACACCAUCCCCACCGUCAAACAUGGAGGUGGAAACAUUAUGCUUUGGGGGUGUUUUUCUGCUAAGGGGACAGGAUAACUUCACCGCAUCAAAGGGACGAUGGACGGGGCCAUGUACCGUCAAAUCUUGGGUGAGAACCUCCUUCCCUCAGCCAGGGCAUUGAAAAUGGGUCGUGGAUGGGUAUUCCAGCAUGACAAUGACCCAAAACACACGGCCAAGGCAACAAAGGAGUGGCUCAAAUUAGAAGCACAUUAAGGUCCUGGAAUGGCCUAGCCAGUCUCCAGACCUUAAUCCCAUAGAAAAUCUGUGGAGGAAGCUGAAGGUUCGAGUUGCCAAACGUCAGCCUCGAAACCUUAAUGACUUGGAGAAGAUCUGCAAAGAGGAGAGGGACAAAAUUCCUCCUGAGAUGUGUGCCAACCUGGUGGCCAACUACAAGAAACGUCUGACCUCUGUGAUUGCCAACAAGGGUUUUGCCACCAAUUAUUAAGUCAUGUUUUGCAGAGGGGUCAAAUACUUAUUUCCCUCAUUAAAAUGCAAAUCAAUUUAUAACAUUUUUGACAUGCGUUUUUCUGGAUUUUUGUUUUGUUAUUCUGUCUCUCACUGUUCAAAUAAACCUACCAUUAAAAUUAUAGACUGAUCAUGUCUUUGUCAGUGGGCAAACGUAGAAUAUCAGCAGGGGAUCAAAUACUUUUUUCCCUCACUGUAUCUGAAUUCUGCCAACUUUAUGUAUGUUCGCCAUUGAAAGUGAAGCUGAGUGUGCUAAGUGUGACCUCUGCUGCUGUUCUCACUUGUCAGGCCCUGUCCCAGUUGACGGAGGCCACCGACCGAGAGAGGGAGCUGCUGCAGCAGAGCUCUGUGCUCCAGGACGAGCUGAGCUCCCUGAGAGCUGAGUUGGAGCGCUCCCGCUUCCACAGUCGCCAGGAGGAGUCCCUCCUUUCCAAGGAGAGCGAGGCGUUGAGGGAGCGCCUAGAGGACGCCCGGCACAACCUCAAACUCAACGAGGAGGCGCUGGCCCAGACGGUCUACCAGUACACCAGCCAGCUGACCACCGUCAAGGCCGAGCUGGCUGUGGCUUCCACAAGGCUGGAGCACGAGCGCCAGGCGAGGGAGCAGCUGGAAGCCGAAGGUGAGUCGGCGAGGACGCGACUGACCGGCGCUCUACAGGAGGCAGAGAGAUGCCAGGCGGCACGCGCCGACGCCGAAAGGGCUCUUCAUCGCGAGCGCGAGGGGCACCAGCGCGCCCAGGACAAGCUUACGGGCGUGGCGGCGAACAAACGCGAGGCGGUGGGCGGACUAUCGCAGAAACUCGCCAAGGCAGAGUCACGUGCAAACGGCCUCGAAAAUGAGGUGCACCGCGUCACAAUGUCGCUUGCUGAGAUGGAGCAUGUGGUCGCCACGCUGCAGAGGGACAGGGAGCAAACUGGGGGGCGGGUGAAGGAGCUUGAGGCAGCUCUACAGGCGGAGAGGGACCAGGCUGGGAGAGUGUGCGCCCGGCAGGAGGCGCUGCAGGAGAGGCUGGCGGCGGCACAGAGCGAGGCCAUGCUGCUGAGGCAACAGUUGGAGGAGGCCCAGAACAAA